ACGUCACCUCAUCAUCCGUGAACCUCAGUGUACAUAUUUAUUAUUUCCUCCAAAGCUAGCCUGUCAGCAAGGUAUAAAUUUUAAAAUAUCGAAAUGCGCCUCUUACACAAGGACAUUGCUAUUACUGUUCAUUAGUAUUUUUUUCUCUACAAUUACACCAUGAAUUUUUGUUUCGAAAUAGGCCUAUUUUGUAAGGAUGGAAGUAAAAAUUAAAAUACUCGACUUUAGGUUUCAGAUUACUGUACAGACAGGACAUUGGUUUGGAGCAGGAACAACAGCUGGGGUAAGUAAGUUUAGCUUUUGUCAUAACUAAUGAAUUUGCUUUGCCACGCUUUGAGUCUAGCUGAAAAAACUCACGUUACGUUAUUUCCUCAACCAAUCAGCAAAACAGAAACACGUACGCCGUGACUUACGCGUGUUUCCCGCCCUGGACGCCAGGUUCACGCACUUCGCGUCCUGAUUGGUUUUAACCGAAAUCACUGAACUGUUCGCAUUUCAAAAAAAAAAUCUUUGUCAUUUGAAUAAUUUAAUAGCUCACGUGACCAUUCCGAGAGUCUCGUUUCGUCCUGUGACUUUCCCUAAUUUUAGAACGUCUGUUGCAGCGGUUCAAACGGUUUGCGGUUGAUACGUUCAUGAAUACUUAAGGAAGAACUUUCCAGGUUAGAAAAGCAAUUGAAAAGAUGCGAUCACUGAUUGUGAUACCAUUUUGGGCAGAGGCGGGGAUCUUUCGACAUAAUUCUAUCCUGGCAGUCUGGAGCCUUUGAACUGCAAACUGUCGUUAUCUCCUUUGUAAAAGGGACGAAAAGUCGCCUGACAAUAAAGGCCGGCGCUUGGUAAGGUCACGUGGGCUGUCAAAAAUUCAAAUGCAAACGAUCGUCUUCUUCGGGGACCUAAUAGUUAAGUGAUUUCGGUGGUAUUGACAUCUGCGCUUGUUGUGAUUAGCCAGUGUAACUCAUUUGAUGUAGUUGAAAACCAUAACUGCGUUUCUGGGAAACAAAACAGAGGAGGGAAUUUAGAAGGAGAAAGCCUCAGAUGACAAGGGUGGUGGAUAAACCCUUUGCAGGUGAUGAGUCACGUGAUACAAAGAGGUCAUGCUGGGACGCAAGAGACGCUCUUGAACAAGACAAACAAAGGAAAUUACCAUUUUGAAUUAUGGGAGCUAAUUUGUUUUUGUUGUCUUUUUGCGUACCAGCAUGACGUUUUUGUACCACUUGACUGAUCAGUUGCAAACAGUCUAUUUACUUCACUAAAUUCUGUUCUUUGGUUCUCUAAUUUGUCUAUAUUAGCUGAGAAAGUUUAUAGCAGUACUAAAUGUUCUUGUCUUUAAAAUGCCACGAAUCAAACUUCAAGUAUGUGCAUCGAAAAACAAAUAAUUCUGAGCAAAAGUACAGAAGCAGAGAUUUUAUUUCAAUGUACAUGCUAUGGAAAUCUAGUUUGUCCUUAAUUUCAACCUGCAUUAAGCAAGUCUAUAAUGAUUAUGGAAGCGAAGUAGAUGAAUACAAGACUUUUCUCCCUAAGAGUGAAAGAUGACCGAAGCCUUGAAAGGUGGUUCUAACUUUUGAGUCUGUAGACAAAAUCUAUGAUGUGACCAUUCAAAUGAAACCUCUUCAGCAGUACUUUCACAUGGUACUAUUUAUAUAGUAUGUUUUUCUAACCUCUUAGUCUAUGGAUGAAAUCCUAUGGUGUGAGCAUUCAAAUGAAACAUCUUCAGCAGUACUUUCACACGGUGCUAUUUAUUUAGUAGUAGUUCUAACUUUUGAGUCUGUGGACCAAAUCCUAUUGUUUUACCAUUCAAAUGAAACCUCUUCAGAAGUACUUUCACAUGGUACUAUUUAUAUAGUAUGUUUUUCCAACUUUCGACGAAAUCUGUGAUGAAAUCAAAUUCAAAUGAAACGCCUUUGGUAGUACUUUCACGUGCUACUAUUUGUUUUCCAGCAUUCUACAAAAUGAAGUUUGGAGUCUUUGCCAUAAUAAUUUUCCUUUGUAUUCAGGUAUAUGUCGUACUUCAUGGUGAAGGUCAAGUGUCGAAUCCAAUUGAGUUAAAGUGUGAGGGCAGACAUCUGUUUCAGAGAAGCUCCUGUGAUGUUUUUGUUGUGAGGUAAAACAAUUAUCGAUAACUGAUCAUAUUUUAUAAAAGUCGGAUGAAUAGUUGUAUCUUCUAAGGAUUCGGGAAGGAACUGGCGAGUCAUACAAAGAAACCCUCGAAGAAAUGAACUGAAAGGGACAGCAAAUAAACAAUUGUUGUUCCUGAUGACAUAUGAGAGUCCUAGCCGUUCAUCGAUAGGAUGCCAAAAAUGUUCGACAAUUGGCUUCGGCUCCCUUAAAUCCUAUAGCAAUAGACCUUAUUCACGAUACCCGCCGUCUUUGCACACGCUCAAGGACUGAUGGGAUCAAGGCAAUGUCACGUGGUUCCUGAGGGGGAAAACAUAAAAAUCAGUCGAUACAAGAAGUCGCCGUCGAGUUUGUUUAUUCUAGACAACAGAAAAUGAAGAACGUAUUAUCUUAAACACUAUAAUGGCUAAUUAGGUGAAAGUGAUUGGAUACAGUAGCGACCGUACUAGAUGUCCUCACAGUGAACUGUACUUUUUGCAAGACUAAAAUCUUGGUCUCGUUUUGAGAGAAUAAACAAACUUGACCGCCCUUUCUCGUAUUGGCCAAAUGUUUUCGCUUGUUUACUCUUUGGAAUACCACGUGACAUUUCUUUUCUCCCAUUGAUCCUAAAGCGUGGGCGAAGAUGGCGGGCAUCGUGAACAAGGACUACUGUAGAACAACUUAACAGGAGUCACGCACAAUGUGAGCACAGUUACUGGAAGGGCAACAACAUCAUUUGAAUGAAAUCCGUUGCAUUGUACUGGGGGUACGUCAACCAAAGCACGCCGCGCAUUUCAUUUCAAUUGCUUUUUUUUUUUCAGUGUUCCAAUCAGUUUUAAGAAUAACAUCUCGAAAAUCCAUGUAUGGCACGAUAAUGUCGGGGAACACCCAGGCUGGUUCUUGGAACGAAUUACUAUCAAGGACGUUAGCGAUGGGAUGAAAUGGUAUGCCAACAGUAACCCUUAUUCAGCUAGUACGCUUACAAAUAGUACUUAGUACCACGAGCUUACAAAUAGUACUUAGUACUAGAGCAGUAAAUACUGCCACGAAGCUUUCAUUUGAAAUUUCAGUUUUGUUAACCACAGAUUCGAGAGCUCGUGCCACCUUUUAGAACAAAAUUUAGAACUAGAGUUACUUUCCUGCUGUCUGGGUUAUUGUUUUGCAGAAAGGAGUUAAGUUAGUGAACCCUUGAAAAUUCUAAACUAUAUUGUAAUUGUCCAUUUUAUGAUCUUGGUAGGAUUUUUGACUGCAAUAGAUGGUUAGCAGUGGAUGAAGGAAAUGGAAAGGUACGAAAGCAUUUUGAUGUAAAAUUUUUUUAACCAGUGAUUGUUCGAUGGUGAAGGAAGAUUGUAAAUUGUAAAUAGAGAGGUUAAGCUUCACGUUUACGUCAAACGGCUGACGCGAAUUUGUACCACGUGACCAAGUUUCUACUUUAUUUGUCGUUUAUUGUUUAUUAUUUCAACACAUAAAUUAGUAGUUUCACGCAGUUUUUUUUUCAUAAGAAUUGUUUUGAACCGUUAUUAUCUGCUGGUUCUCUAUUUUGAGAAACAGGUCAUUUUCACGAUGACGUCAUUUUACUACUACGACCAGAAUCCUUUUCGUUUUUCCUUUCAUAUUUUAAUUUAUGUGUGAAAGCCCUAAUUUGCGCAAGAAAGCAAAGUCCUGAAGGAUUCUGGUCUUAGUAGUAAAAUGACGUCAUCAUGCAAAUGGCCUAUUCUCAACUUGAAUCUGGCGUUUGCCGUUUGCCGUAUAUGUGAAGCUUUUAAAACUCUCUGAUAUCUUAGUGUCCACUUCCCUCAGGUCACUUCAGGUGUAACUUGUUACUUUCGCAGGGGCCUUUUGCCUUUUGCAUGACUACUUUUGGCGCAGUGAAGCAAUGAGUUAUAAAUGCCCCCUAAGGGAAGUAAGAACUUGAGAUACAUGCAUGCUAGCUCCAACCAGGGGCCCAUUUCGAGAGGUCCUGGUAAUUACCGGACGGAGAAGUCGCCCCAUUUAAGGCAGUCCUAAUGCGAAUCCGGAAUCCUGGGAUUUGGAAUCCUAAAUACAACUCAGGACUCCGGAAUAUAGCUAACGAUUGGAAUCUGGACUUCAAGUUCCCUGACAAGGCAUGCGGAAUCCAGUGGAGUCUAUAAUCCACAUCAUGGAAUCCAGAGGCCACAAUCCAAGACUGUCUUGGAUUACCUUGCAUGGGGCGACGGAAGACUGUUUUAUGUUUGCUUUGUUUACAUUUUGCAACUGAUACAUUAAAAUUAGUAGGUAAAAAAAAAUGGGCUGUUUAGGAGGUUUGAAACUGCAUUAACGUUCCUUAAAUUUUGAUUUCAAAAUAUGGCUCGGGCCCGAAAAGCUACCGGGACUUUCCAGAAACGGGCCCCAGGCCAGGAAAAGGAGAAAUACGAGCCAAGGAGGCACACACACACAGCUAGCGCUUAUCUUGGUUUUAGUCAAUGGCAUAAAGCAUCUGGGAGUAUCGCCACUCUACUUCCAAUCUCCACCCCCUCCCCCUCCUUCAGAGAGUUAUUAGGGCAUCGUCGUAGGGUUUGUUACCAACAGCAUUAUUUUUUUGUCCCCAGUAAUUAUUUGUAGACUUGGUCCCGGUUGUACCACGUUGCUAUUUACAGGAUAAAUCACUAUCUACAAUCCUCACCAAAAGUCCUUGAAACAUCUAUACACUUCCCUUUCCCUCUGCAGUCUUGAGAUGUGAUUGCAAAGUAACGCGGACACAACAACAUUCAAAAGGGAUCGGGGAAACGAAAGGGAGCGAAAUUUUCUAAAGUGUUUCAAGGGUUUUGCCCGAGAUUGAAGUUGAUAAGUGUUAGGGAAACUAAUUGCGUUAACCAAUGAUUUAUCUGGGGUAUAAAGUUAUCCAUGUUUUUAGCAAGCGGCGCCUGGGUAAGAGACACAAAGUUAUGUCCAAUUUCUUGUCCAAAGAACAUCAACAACACAGCUAACGAACCUCUACAGAUCUAAAGUCCGACGCGUUUUCGGGUUAGAAUGAUUACCUGAACAAUUUUGCCAUAGUUCAUCAGGAUAAUUGAAUGUCUUGUAUUAUUUCUCCAGGUUGAGUGCGAGCUGUUACCAAACGCAAGUACUUGCAACAGUAGCUUAAAAAAGGUUAUUAAAUCACUAGGAAUUAAUUUGAUGGAUUUUUAGGUAGUAACUGGGUGACUGGGGAUAGUUAUACGUUUCUGGGAAAAUGCCCACUUACCCCUUCCCUACGCCAACAUUAACACUUCUCCCUUAAGGCAAAAUAUUGCCCACCUGGCUUGGCUUAGGGGAGGGGUAGGUGGGCAGUUUCCCAGAAACGUAUAACGAUCCCUUUUUAGGUGGUAGCUUUUUGUAAGUACUUCUGCAAACCACUAAAGAGUGGAAUUUUGGUUGAAAGUAGUUAAAUUAAAGUUUUGCACAAAGGUUUGAUAAAGACAUUACAAUGUAGCAUGGUUUGUUGAGUCAAAGAAAUGGUUGUAAGAAAGGGUAGUGAGUGUCAUUCGAAUUUUCAACUUAUGCCGGCUACAAAAAGUCGUUUUCGUUCUGUAAUGUAUAAUAACUGUGACUGUAGUUGUGGUCAACGUUGAGUACAGUCACGGUAGAAUCAGGUAGAAUCAAGAACAUUAUUACUUUUUCCCCCAUUUUUUCUUUCUUUUUCUUGGUAUAGCCUGUUCACAGACCCUCUAUUUUCUCUUCAAAGUCGAUGGAGCGCGGGUGAUAAAAUAUAAACCACAGGGGAUUUAUUGACCACCAGCGCAAGGGCUCCGCGCUCGUUCUCGCGAGCUCGCCGAUGUUUUAAAAAGAACGAAAAGAAAAUAAAACGUCUGUGCACGGGCUAUUUUGGUAAAAUUUCACUUUUUUUUCCAGUGCUUUUCUCAACACAUCACAAAGAGCUUUGUAGACUACCACUUGUGGAUAUCGCUGUUGGGUCGGCCAUCUUACAGCCGUUUUACUCGCCCACAGGUAAGUGAAAGGAAAUACAAAUUUGAAUACUGUUAAUUUGUGUAUUAUCGCUAGCUUGAAGUGGGUAAAUGGCGGGGUUUUUGUUGUGCCGAAGUGCACUUUGGGGCUGUUUCUGGGGACGCAUUUUGACCAAAUAAUAGCCAAUGAAAGAAGUGAAGGCGUUCCCAAAACAAUCCCAUUGUGCAGUUUACAGAUCCUUCUCAUUCUGUUUAAAAUGAGGAACUACAAUUGGCGACAAAAUUACGCGAAACUUUUUGCCCUAAAGGGCGUCUCUGACAUUCUGCCAACUUAAAAAGAGGAAAAUAAAGCUUUCCCUUCCUUACCCCUGCAAUACAAUGUUGUCCUGCUGUUCGAGCUACCUGUAGAAAAUAGCGAACACCCCAACUUUGAAUACAGGGCUGUGAAUAUUUUUGUUCUCCGAAGUAUCCCAUUUGAGGACAAUUUGUCAACAUUUUUGACGCCGCUUAUAGUACAAAUGGAAAAAAACAGGUGUGUAUCGCCAUUUGGAUUAAGUUUAACACUUACGGCUUAAAAAUCAAACUCCAAUUUCACUUUGCCUUUUACCUGCUAUUUUCAAAAGGUCUUAGGACUUGUACUGCUAUCAUUAUAGACUGUGAACGCAAGCCGCGUAAAACUGCUACCUCCGUAAAAUACCGUAUUCGUACAAAGGGUUCGCACGCACCUUAAAAGACGUUGAAUUUUAAAAUAAAAAUUCAAGGCCUUGAAAGUUCUUGAAAAUUGUAGUCGGUGCUGGAAACUCCUUGAAUUUCACUGGUUACUUUAUCCAAUCCAGAUUCUCAAGUGACAAAAAGGAGCAAACACGGAAAGACCUUCAGGAUAAAGUUGCUCAUGUUUUGGAAGAACUAAAAAAGACAUAGACUUAAGGCUCUUUUUUGCACUGAAUGAAGUCCUUGGAAAAUGGGAAAUGCGUCCUUGAAAAGUCAUUGAAUUUUUGUUCAAAAUGGGUACGUACCCUGCGGGCGGUACAUUCCUCGCAGUUCGUUUUGGUAAUGUUUGUUUUUGUUUUUGUUUUUUUCGUCAUCUCUUUAGCGUCUAACUUGUUGCUGGUCUUUAUUACUGUGUUUCCUGUGUGUCAACAUUGCCUGGUAUAGACCCAAGUCUGAGGUAUAUUAUUUUGAGUAUUCAGUGUUUUAGUGAGUGCAGCAACUUCGGUUACAGUCAACUUGUCUGCAACUAAGUUACUUGUUACCAGGUUAUAUCCUCAGUUCAAUCACAUUCAGUCGUUGUAACGUUUGAGUCUGUUGAUGAAAUCCCUAAGUGUGACCAUUUAAGUGAAAGCUACUGAGCAGUACUUUCCUGUGUUACUGUUUAUUAUGCUGUGCAAGGUGUGGUUCUAACUUUUGAGUCUGUGGGUGAAAUCCUUUAAAUGAAAGCUACUGAGCAGUACUUUGCUGUAAUGCUUUUGUUUAUGCUCUACAAGAUGGUUCUGACUUUCGAGUGCUAAGAGAAAAUUCUUGAGUGUGACCAUUCAUUUGAAAGCUACCGAAGAGUACUUUCCUGUGGUACUGUAAGGUAUAUACUUAAACACAGAGUUAACCUAAAACAGCAUUAUCCUUGUAACAUAGCCCCUUCAACAAACUGCCCUGUUUCCCAGGAUCUCCUCUCCAAUUUUUCUCACGAGAUACCAACGUUUCUGAGGUGCCUUUACGUUUGUCUUUCGACCCUUUUCGUAGGCGAUCUUUGUUAUCACUUGUCUUGAUAUAUUGCUUGAGAUUUAGUCACCCCUCUAGCGUAUGGCUAGUAUAAUAUAUACAACUCAACUCUUUGUUUUAUGUUUCUGCUUUCAACUUCUGCCAGGUUCCUGAAGUGCUGGGAAUUUUGGACCUCAAUGUAGAGAGCAUUCUGGUUGGGAUCAUGUGCAGUGUUCUUGUACUACCGGUUAAUCUGUUAUGGAUCUUCCUCUUCAGAUACAGUAGGGUAAGUAGUCCUUUUGUCGCGUUAACAAAUAGAAAGUGAACAUGAUCUUCGCAGUAGAAUAAACAAGCUAAAGUAAGCGGUUGAAAAAGAACCUGAAAAAUUUCAUGCUUGACGGGGAUUCGAACCCCGGCCUUUACGAUUACCGGACGCAACGUUCUAUCCAUUAAUCAAGGCAACUGGAGAGCUGGCCAUUGCGAAUUCGUAAUAUACCCGAUGGUGGAAUAGACAUGAAUUGAAGUAUAUGAAAUGAAUCAUAUUUUGAACUGCGGAUGUAACAUGAAAAUGAACAUGAUCUUCGCAGUAGAAUGAACAACCUAAGCGGUUGAAAGAGAAGCUAAAAAAAUUAAGGCUUGACCGGGAAUCAAACCCUGACCUUUGCGAUGACCGGACGCAACUGAUUACCCAGAACAUUGAACAGACGCACAGCUAUUGGCUAGUUCGAGUUCACAUCCAAGACUGGAUCGGUGUUGUGGCUGGUUUGAAAGCAGGAGACACCCUGGAUACAAUGUCAGUCAUGCUUGUGAAAGUAGGCCACACCCCGGAGACGGCGAUCAUGCGUAAAUACCCUAAUAUCGGUGAUCAAGCGUCUGAGAACAGACCACUGCCUGGAGACGGUAAUCAUGCGUCUGGAAACAGGCUACGCCAUGGAGACGGUGAUCAUGCGUGUGAAAACAGGCCACACCCUCGAGACGGUGAUCAAGCGUGUGAAAAAAAAGGCCACGCAAUGUAGACGGUGAUCAUGCGUGUGAAAACAGGCCACACCCUGAAGACGGUGAUCAUGCGUGUGAAAAAAAUGGCCACGCAGUAUAGACGGUGAUCAUGCGUGUGAAAACAGGCCACACCCUGAAGACGGUAAUCACGCGUCUGGAAACAGGCUACGCCAUGAAGGCGGUGAUCAUGUGUGUGAAAACAGGCCACACCCGGGAGACGGUGAUCAAGCGUGUGAAAAAACAGGCCACGCCGUGUAGACGGUGAUCGUGCGUGUGAAAACGGGCCACACCCUGAAGACGGUGAUCAUGCAAGCGUGUGAAAAAAAGGCCACGCCACGGAGAAUUUGAUCAUGCGUGUGAAAACAGGCAACUCACUGGAAAACAAUCACCAAAAAAGUCCUGUAGUGAGCAACUCCCAUACUAGGGUUAUGUCAAGGUGUUUUCACCGACCGGUUUAUUUUUAGAGCAGUUCUUCCCGCGAAGCUGGAAACGUCCUCCGUCCGUGGGCGCAUUCGAAGUAUAAGAUUAUGAAUAAGGAGAACAAAACUUCAUCAAAAGUCCAAAAAUACCAUUUUAAAAUCUGUAGGUUUUGCUGACUGAUUUGUGGGACUUGCGAGAUAUUUUAAAUUCGCGCCAAACACUUUUUAAAAAUAAACUGGCUAGUAAAACGCCGUGACACAAGUAAAGUUGCUUUCUACAGGUUAUGGGCUCGUGAAACCAGACUGAAGUGCAACCUGGCACGCAAUAGAAAAGCUAGCUUUGUGCUUGUGGCUGUUAGAAGAUUUGUUUCUAAUUGCGGCGAGUUUGUCCCUUGGAGAUGGAGUAAUCUGUUGCCCUUUUGGGUUCACACGGAUAAUUCUGCAUGUUGUAUAAUUCUUUUCUCCUUCUUCAAAAUUUGAUCCUUUUUAUUUAUUUUAGCGGUCAUUUAAACGCCGUGUGAAGGUUUAUCCAAUCAGCGAGCAUCAGACAGAGACGUCUGAACUUCCUUCUUCAUCAGGUAUUUUGUGAGGGUUUGGGGUAGCUGACCACCUACCCCGCCCCCAAGUCAACAUUAGCACUUCCUUCUCACUUAGGGAAAAAUAGUGACUUAGGGGAUAGAUAGGUGAUCAGUUAACCAGAAACCUCAAAUGAUCCACUGAUUUGUGUAUUUCUUUAGCCCCUUCACUUGUUGACCACGUUAUCGCAAGAUUAUUUGUCGCUAUAACGUUUCAAUCUAUGGAAAAAAUCCUAUGGUGUUACCAUUUAAAUGAAACCUCUUCAGCAGUACUUUCACAUGGUACCAUUCAUUUAGUAUGUUGUUCUAACUUUUGAGUUUGUGGACCAAAUCCUAUGGUGUUACCAUUCAAAUGAAACCUCUUUAGCAGUACUUUCACGUGGUACUAUUUAUUUAGUCUGUUGUUCUAACUUUUGAGUCUGUGGAUGGAAUCUUGAGGUGUUACCAUUCUAAGGAAACCUCUUCAGAAGUACCUUGUGAAACCUCUUUGGCAGAGCUUUUGCAUGGUACUGUUUAUCUGUAGGGAUUUUGGAGGAUAUUGUUGUUUUGGGUCAGUUCUGUCCUGAAGUCUUUCUUCCUUGGUUUCAGUGCUGAGGCUCGAUAAAAUCUUCGCGUCAGAUCUCUGUAAUAGGGACUUUACUAUCCGACGACGCGCCAGCAGCGAAAACGUUGCUUCAAAAAUAAAUUUGCGUUCUUUUGGUCUUUAUUGCGAUUAUUCCAACUCACAUACUUUGUCAAAAGUAGGUGAACCCUCCCGGAGCUGAAUUUCUUAGAAUCAUAUUCAAGUUUAGGAAGAGAAUAAAAUUUCGUCGUCGCUUGUUUACGUCCUCCUUGAGAAGUAAAAUUAGGCAUUUUCACAUCGUAGUCGUGCAAAAGCGGCAAAGAAAUGUACAAAUAAGUGAGAUGCACGUGCAGAGUUGUUAUUUUGCCUACUAAACCUACCUUUGUUUUUGACGUUCUCGUUGCCUUCGCGCUGUGGGAUCUUAAAGUUUCCAGUAUUUACCGUUGCUCACUUGUAAUUGCUUUUACAGGUCUACUUCUCGUGCCUGUAUUUUAACUAUCAUAAAUAUCAAUCACAUUUUCAACUUCUCAUUCUUUUCUUUUUUCUCUUCUGUCCAUAGUGCUUGACCAAUCCCUAGAAACUGUUCUCUUCUUGAAGAACAUUGGAGAGAGGCGGUGGCUUCAAACUUCACGAGGGAUUGUAAGAUUGUCCUUUAAUUUUUGUUCUUAAAUGAUAAGAAAUUUGCUUUACCGAUGCUGCACAUGUAGCAGCGCGAACAUUGUUCAGAAGAAAAGGUGGGGGGUUCAUUGUAAUGUGGAGUGCAAAUAGGCUACUAAAUUUUUGUCAUUUCUAGCAUUCACCAACUAGCCUUGGAGGUAAAAGAAAAAACUGAAGCAAAAUGGGGUGUCAGUAAAACGCGGAGUCGGGCUCGGGGACUGUCCUUUUUGAAAGAAUGAUGUUUUACGGUUAGGGUUAGGGUUAGGGUUAGGGUUGACACUAACCCUGAACCUAAAAAGAUAGACUUCGAGCCCGAUCCCGCGUUUUACUGACACCCAGCAAAAUGACCCGGUUUUAAUCUAUCUGUAGAAGAAGAAAAAAAGGAACAGAAUGAAUUUUACAGUAAAAAACCCCUUGCCUGUGGUCUUGUUUCCUCAUCAAAUGAUCCCCGAGAAGUAAUAGGUGCUCGUAAAUAAGGCUAAGGUUUGUUUAUAGUGGAAAGUGCACUUAGGUUAUCCAUCUAGUUUACAGGCACUCCACUCCAAUAAUUAGAGACAAACAAUUCAAAUGUAACAUAACAUGAUUAAAAACCUCAACUGGCAGAAGGCAACCAGUUUGCUAUUUACUAGGAUGGACGUGGACUUGGAGACGGGACGACCAACAACCAUUUUUAGCAAUUGGCCAGAGCGGGACUCGAACCGACUUGGGCCGCUGGAUUGCGGGUCCCACGAUGCGCUGACCACUUGGCCACGCCGCCUCGUGCUCACUCUUCCCACCCCUUGUCGUCCCAGUCACCUUUUGUGGGCCUUUAUGGUCACAUAUUUGUUAUCUCUAUGAUACUGUGUGAUGGUAGUGAACUUACGCAACAGGACGGGAGAGAAAAGAAGACGGCAAACCUUGUGUGGCAAGCAUGACAAUAAUUUUGUUUGAACAAAAGUUCCUCCAAACUUCACUUUCCCUUAAACAGAUUUAUUUGUUAAAGACCAGAAAACAUAUCGUUAAGUGAAGAUUACGACUAAACAUGCAAGCAAUAGCCCUGUCACGUUUGUCACACGCAAGCGUUUUGCUGUCCUCUUCUUUCUGCCGCAUUGUUACGUAAACUCACUAAUGUGCCGCCGAUCACCUGCGAUAUAGCCGCCGGUAAUGCCUGGGAUGCUGUUACGAUUUAAAAGAGGCCGUGCUAGUCUUUACCGCCGGUAUGCAUGCGAAGGUGAGUCGAUAUCAACUUGGCAGGCGUGCCAGCGGUGAGGACCAUUCACGUUUCUUGUUGCAGGGGUUGUAUAUUCUCAUAUUUUGGAACAGUAUAGGCGAAUCUUUGAUGAGGUUAUUGUUAACAUUUUUAAUCAUUAGCGUACGAGUUUACCUAUGGAAGGCGUCACCGUAUGCACAAUGGAAUGUAAAAGUUGAAAGAGUUAGUUAAUUUGAGCAAUUUGUGCAAUUUUCAGCUCUUUGCAAGUAACAAUUCAGGAAAAAGCAGCCAUCGAAAACUGAGAAGUUGCUGGGGGAAAAAAACGUUAAUGGGCCCAUACAUUGUUUAUAAAGUUUUGAGUGUUUACAAUUUUUCCAAAACUAUCCGGUAUGUCGGGUUCAAAUUUUUACAGAUAACUGAAAUUGUUAUGCUCUUUUGAUAUUGCGUUUUUGAUAGCUUGAUAAGAGAAUGAAAGGCAAAUGCUAAUGAAGAAAAAAAAAACAAAGAUUUGCCUAUAUAUACCAGGCAGUUCCGGCGGCUAUGUCGCAGGAAGAUUGGCGGAAAUAUGAGAACCGGGCUUAACAACAAGUCUCCUGUUUCAGGAUGCUGAGCUGUCCACUAAAGAUUCCCUUGUCUGUCAUCCCGGUGAUUCCCUUAGGCGCCGUUCUACCACCGCCUUGGAGUCUUCCUCAGGUGCGUGUCAUUGAAACUCAUGACAAACUACGUAAAAAACUUACUACCAGGGGUUAAUUUAAUAAAGCUUUUACAAGUGUAGCUAUUGUUUUCAGACUCAACCUACCCUUGUAAAUUGCAUGUGUAAAAGUUUUAUCAAAUUUAGGUCCAUACUCAUGCCCCACUUUCACAUUUCCCAUCAUGCACUUUAUUUGCUCUCCAAAGUUUUGCAUAACCUUUGUUUUUCAUUUCUCCUGGGUAUUACAGCCGUCCCAAGAGAAAUUGAAAACAAUACUUAUGCAAAAUUUGGGGGGCAAAUGAAGUGCAUUAUGGGAAAUGUAGAAGUGGCGUAUAGCGCACGUCACCACUUAAUAAACGAGAAGGUAACUGGAGCCGAAAUGUGUCCCGCUAUUGUUUCUGGGAUCGUUAUUGGAAACACGAAGGUCAGCCAUUGGUCAGUUUUCGUCCCUGGCUCUAGUAACAGUCCCAGAAGUCUUUGCGAAAAAAUAACUCGGCCCAGUUUUCCUCUCAAGAGUCGAAUAGAGAGUGAGGACCUCUUCGUUUUCUGCUUGCCAAUGGAGGACAUGUGAUGUUAUUCUUGAGACCUAUUUUUUUCACUUUUGUCUCAGUCACGUGCAUAUGUGCACAUAAUUUAUGAAAAGAAAAAGAACAAAUUUAUUUUAGAUAUCACGUGACCUGCAUACAUCCCACAUCAAAGCAUAAAAGCUGAAGAGGUCUAUUAAUGUUUUGAGGUAGCGCCACGUCAUCCGACCGGCUUACGCGCUAGGAAAUUAAGAGAUAAAAAAGGAGCUGCGCCACGAAAUUUAUCAAAAUCCAAACCGGUGGUAGCCUGAGUGGCAGGCGUUUGAAAGGGAAGGGAAAGGGAGUUUUAGGUGCGAGAGAAACGCGAGGAUCCAGUUCGAGAGUCAGCAAAGUGUUUGUAAUUAAUUUCUCCGAAAAACAUUGCAUGCAAGUUUAGAAGUCCAACACGAUACCUUCAACAAAAACGUAAUAAGCCACGCAUGGUUGCGACUUUCUUCCUUCGACGAACGACCGCAGUUAUACUUUUUUUAAUAGUACCGUCACUUCAGAUUUCUUGUUUUAGGAAAACAAAAGAAAAACAGUAAGCGAAAUACGACUUAAAUAAGCGCAUCGCGGCCAGACUUAUUUGACAGCUAGUCAUUCACAGUUGCGUUAUUUUCGCAUACAUGAUUAGUAGGCGGGAUGGCGACAACAAUGGUUUCCUGGCAGGCGUUUCCCUCCCUCCAUCCCUCCUCGCGCGCCCCUCGUGUUUCUCUCGCACCUAAAACUCCCUUUCCCUUCCCUUUCAAACGCCUGCCACGCAGGCUAAACCGUUGGAAGUGCCGCCAAAUUUAGUGAAAAUUUAAAAUAACCGCUCGAAAAGUUAAAGGAAUGUGUAAGUAACACAGCAAAUAGAAAAGGAAGCAUUGAUAGACAAACGUAAAGAAGAUUGAAACGGAUUGUAAUUGUGGUUUUUGAAAACUUGUGAGCCUAACAGUUUUUCAAAGUUCAUUCGUGUUGUUUGUAACUAUUGAUAUAUUGAUAUAAUGCUUGGGAGACAUUUUGUUUGGCACAAAGCUGUGACUUUGUUAUUUCCAGUCCAUCACAGGUAACUUCUCAAGGUUUAAAGCGAGUAGGGAAGCAUAACUAGCAUUGUCAACAAAAUGAACUAGACAGCUAUGACAGAGCCCCUUUAACCCUAAGAGUGAUCAGCAUCAAAUUUCUCCUUGUAAUAUCAGUGCUUUGUAAAACAGAGUGAUCAUGAGAAUUACGGACAUGAUCACACAAGAUGAAUUUGCUUGAUAUUUUAUCAACUUCUCCCCACUACUUCUGUAAGAAAUGAAUAGGGGCAACAAAUGAGAAUUCACAUUUUGAUCUUAGGGUUUAAAGGGUUAAGAUGUGAAUAAUUUAACGUCAUUUCUCUGAUCCUUUGGAAAAUUUUGAUCGGUUUGUUUAACGAAUUCGUUUUCUGUAACAGAUGGAAUAAGCCUCGGCUACAACACAGGAAACGACAGCUUAAGCUCGGAUCCACAUUUGCAAAUUACAAGCGCCGGCCUCACCGAGACGGUUGAUUUCCUCGCUGCCCUGGCACCCCCUAGAAAAAAGCUGUCCGUGGACUUGGAAAAACAAAGCGUUGUCAGCGUCUGCGUGUCGACAACAGCGUCGGAGGGCAGGGGGCCGUACUAUUCGCGGUUCAAUCUGCCGCAUGUCUGUAACUACGUAGCUUGGUUCGGUUGUCUAAUGACAGGCGGUAUUGCUGGCUGGCUCACUAUAUGGUUUGGUCUAAGGUAAGUGAAGAAUUUACAUGAUACUAGGGACUUAAAGCAAACCGCUACGGCGACCACUACAACGGCAGUCAUGGAUGCAGAGUCCUGGAGAAAGUACGUCACCGUAGCCCGGCAAAUUUCAACUUUAAGGUAGCGCACCCAAACAGUGACGGCAUGGUUUCCCCUGGCAUUUACUUUCGCUGUUAGUAAAACGUAGGGAAGACGUACUGUAAUUACUGGAAAACCAGAAGCGUCAAAUACUUUCUUCAUAAAGAGAAAAACAAUCUAUGAUAGGUUUUAAAUCCAGUGAUGGUAAAAAAUAGGUCUUCACGUUCUAGGAUUUGGCGUUACGGCGAAAGAUCAGUUCCAAGAAUGCGCACUGCGUCGUUUUUGGGCUUUUUUACUUCCGACCGCCGUAGGUCCCUAUUAUCAACCGAUCACUAUUACGAAAUUAGUCGCGAAUUUCUCAUUAUUUACAAAAUUGCUUUGGUAACGUUCAGUACGUCUCUUGGCCAAGUCAAGAUGGCUUCAAGGAUUUAAAAUGUUAUGAAUUAAGAUGUCACGGCGUUAACAGACCCUUCAGAAAACCUAAACACACGAAAGAGCACAUCAAGAAGGAUUCUAUCAGGUACUUUGUCGAAAACUUCUGAAAAUUAUGGACUUGAGCCAAAAUUAAAGCUGUAAUCUUUUCAGUGCUUAGAAUUCUCGAUCGGUACAAUAAACAUGCCGAAAACCCACAAAUCCUAAUUUGGACAAAACGCUCGUGAAAUUAUUCCCUAACUUCACUCGUCACCAUUUGAUUGUACACGCUAAUCUGUAAAGAAUCCAUACUAAGAUUUUGUCAAGAUUCUUAUUUAUUUUCCCCUUUUUCAAUUUUCGACAACUUUUUAACCGAUAGUGUCGUAAUACACAGUAGUUGAUGAUUUACAUAGGUAGACCACCGCUCUGACGUCAUUCUCUAGUCUCUCCAGUCUUCCUCUGUCGUAAAAUGAAAAAGAACAGCACACAAUUUUGGCCACGAGAAUUACUGAGCGUUUAUAUGCCCUAAAAGUAUUACUGAGGAUUUAUUGUCCUUCGAAGUCCUGGUCUUGGUGGUAGAUGAUCCUUAUUCUUGGUUUGCAACCACGUGACAAGGCGGCCAUGUUGGGGGUCAAUACGAUAGAAUUUUUUUUCUCGAAGCAUUUACAUGAAAAUAGAGUUUAGUUCCCAGAGAAGAGAAAUGCUUUUGUUCUUGACCACCAACAUUGCCGCCGUGACGUCACCUGCAAACCAGCAAUGUGUUUUUUUUUUCCUCUUUCUUGCAGUUUUGGUCCGGACAUGUCCAUUCAAUGGUUGCAGUCUUUGUGUUUCUCCCUACUGGAGUCAAUCCUUAUUUCUCAACCGAUCAUGGUACUCUUAAUUGUUUUCUUGAAUUCUUUACUUCAUACGAUGGCGGUUUUCUUCUGAGUGGUGAAAAACCUGAAGUCCCAAUUACACGAGCAAGCUUCCUUGACAAGGAAACAUUUGCUUGUGUGUGUGACAAAAAAACUGAACAUGUUUUAUCUUCGCUAUGGUUAAUGACAGAACAAGCAAUCCCAAAAUGAACCUCAAAGUAAAUGCAGGAAGCCAGUAACGAAAAGCGCGGGAAAACGUGUGCGGAUUGUUUUUGGUCUUUACACUGAUUGGUCAAUAAUAUGGCUUGAGAUUUGUGAUCCAAUCACAAAGCGAUCGCCGCUUCAGUUUUCUUACUGAAAACAGCUAUGUGGUUUCAAUGCUUGACUGAAUGAAUACUAGCAGAUUCUUCAAGUCAAGUUUGAUCUGUUGAUUAAAAUUUGGAUGAACUGAAUAAGCGUUGAAAACAUGGGCAAUCUAUCGUUUAGGUCUUUCUCUCCAAUAGACGUUAUUCACGAUACCCGCCAUCUUACACACGCUUACGGACUGAUAGGAUAAAAGCAACGUCACGUGGUUUUUCGGAGGGAGGGGUGUGCAAACAACUGAUAAAAUCUGCCAAUAUGGGGAAACGCGGUCGAGGUUGUUUUUUCUAGACAACAAAAAAAAAAGAACUUUUAAUCUUAAAGGCGAUAAUGAGAACUUAUGGGUGGAAGUGUUCAUUGUUACUUUUUUAAAUGCAGUUACGACCGUAAAUGUCCUCACAGCAAGUAAUAAUGACUCAAACUGUACAUUUUGCAAGACCAAAAUCGUCGUCUCGUUUUUGAGACAGAGAAUAGGGACUUUAAGAUCCAACGAAGCGACGGCAACGAGAACGUCGCUUAAAAAGUGAAUUUGCGUUCUUUCAGUCUUUAUCGCGCGAUUACUUCUACCCACCUAGUUUGCCAAAUGUAAGCGAACCCUCCUGAACUUGAAUUCCAAGGGACCAUAUCCAAGUUCAGAAAGAGACAUAUAUAUUUCGUCGUUGGUUGUUUGCGUUCUCCACAAAACGCAAAAUUAUGCAUUUUCACGUCGUAGUCGUGCAAAAACGGCAAAGAAAUGUACAAAAAAUUGUGACGCAUUUGCGAAGUUGUUGUUUUGCUUAUUAAACCUAUUGUUAUUUAAACGUUCUCGUUGCCUUCGCGUCGUUGGAUCUUAAAGACCCUAACGCUUUUUCGAUCUUUGGUAGGUUUUGCUGUUUAUUUUGUUAAUGGCACGUCGAUCACAAGUGCGAAAAGAGGAAGAAUCAGAUGAAGGCUUCGAGGAUUUGUCAACAUCCGCUCUGCACGAAAUACACUAUGGACACGUAAAUGAAGGAUUUAAGGACGAAUCCAGCAGAUCAGAAAACGAUUUAGACCCAGUAAGUAACUGAAAUUUACUGCUGGAGAUAUUUAACAAGUAUUCCUCGAGCCCGAAUGGGCUCUGAGUCAAUAGCCCAUGACGCCGAAGCCGAAUGGGCUAUUGACUCAGAUGCCAUGAGGGCGAGAGGAUUAAUUGUUUUAGUAAAAUCCAACUAGUUGGUAAAAAAAAGUAUCGAGGCAAAACAACUUUAGCCAGUUAAAGCUAGACUUUCAUCCUUUUUUGUCGCCAAACAGCCGCCGCUUUUCGCUACUAGUGGGCUAUAAUGUAUAGCCUAGUAGUAGCUCAACCAAUCAGAACGCAGCAUUGAUAAUAGACCACUAGUUGGAUUUUACUAAAAAUUGUUAGAUAAUGUAUGUGACCCUGUCUAUUGCCUUUCGCAGCCGCGACAGAGGUUAACUUAAGCCUGGGACCACCAUCUGCUAUUAUUGGGGCAGCUUUACACGUCUGGAUGCCCAGUUUUGGUAGAAAACACAGAAGUUGGGCGUCUGACCGUAACCAACCCACGCGUCGUGAAGUCUUUCUUAUGUAAAAAUUGAAAUAUUAGGAAUAGUAUAGCCGGCUCUUCUAAAAUAUUAAAACGCUAAAAAGAAAAAACGAAAAAUGUUUCUGUUUGUCCUAAAAUUUUGUCCACCAUUCUACUUAGCUGAAGAUCUAUGGCAAAAUCAUACUAAAAGUUUCAAUAAUUUUUUUUCCCAAAACAAGAACACUUCAGCAACAAUCCUCUUUGUUAAAGCAAGAAUUUAGAAACUGCGCGCAAUAUUUAGUGUACUCGAUAUGACGGAUCUGUGCAUUCUUCGUAACAUGGUGGCACUCUUCUCUCUAGCAAGUUCCUUUACAGACAGAUAGCCGUUUGCAAACUGCUAAUAGCUUUGCUCGAUUUUUCUUUCCUUUCUUUGUUGAUUUUGUUGUUUGUCUUUAACCUUUCCAUCUCAGCCUUGGCGAUUGAUAUGUUCUUCCUAAUUUCGUCGGCUUGUGCCUCAUACUUCUCUUCUAUGAGAGCCGUGCCUGUAACUAAACAAAAACUUAACUAUAAGAUAAAAAUUGGCUAGUAUAACCCGCUUUAAAACUGUGCGGGGUGGGAGGUUAUUCCACAGCACCGCACCCCUGUAGGAGUAGUUGAGCUCGAAUAAGAGCCCUUUAGGAUCAACUUUUUCAUGGGAAACCGCAAACCUGAGAAUGUCACGUGCCCACGGCCUUGUGGUCGCGUUUACAGUUUGCAGUUCACGUUUGAACGGCAGGAAGGGCUUCCAGCGGUAAUUGACUUACGCAAGGUUUUUUGCUACUAAGAAUUGUACAGCCUCACGUUUAAAGGCACGAAUUAGCUUUCUAUAUCCCCCUGCGAUGUGCUAGUUAGAUUUUUGAACUCGAAUCAAUGAAUUAUUCAUGCAUUUUAGGCGAUAAAAGUGUCGCACUUCGACUUGACGAAGAACAUCAUGGCGGCACUGAACAAAAAACGCCUUACUAAAAUUUUAAAUCCCGGUAACGUGAUACAACAAACGCGUUAAUGCAAACUGCAGUUUUUGCUCUGCGGUUUCCCAUAGAAAACCCGAUGCUCCUAUAAUUGAAGCUUGGUGGUAAUGUGUUGAUUUCAGCUCAGUUUUGACUCCAUGGCAGAGCAUGUUACUUGUCUUACAUGACUGAUGAUCAUCCUCGUGUAUUUUUCCUCUUUCUUUUAGGCGCUUGCAAUUCGGAAAAGGUUGCGUUAUCUCAAGUUUUUGAAGCCUCCUUCUGAGUCCAAGCUCUCGGAAGCAAGGGAAACUUGUAUUCGGAAAAAAGCACUAUGGAACUACACUGUGUAAGUUUGUGGAAAUUUUGCAUCGAAGUCGUUGGGUAUUGACCAGUAUUAGAGACCUUCAGAUUCUAAAACGAGUACGAAAUUUUUUAAUACUAAGUAGUGCUCGCGCGUGAACCAGCGUCAUUUUGGCGGGAAAACGUGGUAGCCGUCGUCAUUCUACGAGUUUUAGGGCGAAUGUCGUGGUGGCGAGAACAAGAUAUCAAAUGUUAGAAGUCUUAUCAUUUUUGUAAUCAGGAGAGCGUGUAACUUGCGUCACUACGGAUAACAGUGCUAACUUUUCUACUGAAAAAAGGUAAAAUAAAGCUUUCCGGGAAGUCUAUAUUUUGAGAAUACGCGAAAAAACUUUAAGUCAAAUCUCGUACUCGUUGUCGUCUUCGUCCUCAAAGCUCGAGGUCUCUUUUAACCUGUUCAAAAUGCAACGUGCUCGCUCUUUAUAUCUUGCUGAGGACAUGGAACAGUUUGACAUCUACACAAAAAAUACGUCAGCCAUAUGGCUGGGGUAAACACGUCACAACAGACCUUCAAGUUCAAGGGUAACCCCUGCAUAAUCUCGUAUUAAAAACCCCGUGUAUUGUUACUAGUGUUUAUUGCAAUGCCACUAAAAUGCGCCUAACUUGCUUUUGUAAAGUAAUGCUCCUUUGCUUAAAUUUUGUCUUUUAGAGAGCUGUUGGUUUUUAUUUCGUUCCUGGUGGUCACGUCGUUGUUAGUAGCAAGUGUGACAAGUGCAGAUAUGUAUCACCUGAAUCAGUCUAUCAAGAAUGUAUUCCUAAGGUAGGAUAUGAACAAACUGUCAGUCAACUGCACAAACAGCCAAUCAGAGAGUUCAAAUACUCAGUCGGUUAGUCGGUCAGAGAGAACUCUCCUUCGCAGCCGUUUUUAGUGUCGUCACGCAACGCUCCUCUUCAGGGAGGAGGGGGGAGUUGGAAAGAGCGUUGCGUAGCAUGCGAGGUGACGGCUCCGCCUCCAAAACUGUUCCCCGAACUCGCGCAAGUGAGCCGGCUCGCAGGCUAAGCGUUGCAUGACAAUGAUAAAAAAAGGUGGGUAGGAGAGUGAAGGGUAGAAUGAAUACAAACACAGAGAAAUGUACUCACAAAGCAAACACAAGGGAAAAUAAAUAGGUUCUUUAGUGGUGAGGAUUUCAAGAGGACUUUUCUAAGAAUCGUUCAAAGACUGAAGCUUAAUGAUUCACCCCGACUUCCCUUCACUAAGAUAGUUGUUCGUCCAUCGAGUCUAUAUUGAGAAGAGUAGUGAUGACGUCACAAAAACUAAAUUUGUGAAAUUAUGUGAUAGAUUGGCAUGUCCAAAAAGACCUCCAAAGUUGGCAUGUGUUGCAUUAAAUAGAAGGAAAUAUUGCAUUGAAAAGCCAGUCUUCUUACAUGGCGAAGUUGUCACCUCGCUUUCUCAAAAAGAGUGGACGUCCAUUUCUUAACAUUACCCUAACGAUUCAUUUGACAUUCCUCGCCAACUGAGUUGUUCGCUUCAGUACAACAGCUUACAAUCAUGUCUUCAGCCAUAGUGUCGUCAAUUAUAUAAUAUAGUAUAAUACUAUGCUCAUAAAUUGUGCUCAUUAAUAGAGAGGAGAAGACGUUACGUCGCGUUUCCAUGGUAGCAAAAUUUUUGGAUGACAACAAACCAAAAUGUCACUUAAAACGUGGAUUCGCACUGUUUCAAACUUCAUCAGUCUUAUUUAAUUUCAUUUAAUUUGUCAAAUGUUGACGAAAUUUUCUGGGUUAAAUCCGAAAGGACCAUAUCUAAGUUUAGAAAAAGAAAAAGAAACUUUUUGUGUUGUACUCACCUACUCCAUAAAGCGGGCGCAUGAAAUUAGGAAAUUUCAUGUCGCAGUCGUACAACAACGACUACGAAAUGUACAAAAAAGUGUGAUGCAGGUGCAAAGUUGUUUUUUACCAAUCUAAACCUAUUGCUUUUUCGCUGUUUGCCUUCGCCGUUGCAAAAACUCCGUUUUGUUGAGAUCCAAAAAUUUUGCUACCAUGGUAACGUGACGUCACACUUCUCCUCUCUGUUACUUAUCUACUACAUCACUAAUUCUCUCUUCGAGUUCACGGAAGGGCCCGUUCCAAAACUGACACUCACACUCAUCUUUUAGUGUGGACCUUAACCGUGAACGGCCCUAAGCAUUUCCCUGAUUCGGUUUUCCAGUGCCAACAUAUCAUUAAAUGACUUAAAUUCGAACAGUGACAAAACUUACAAAGUGACUCCUUUCGAUGGUCCGUGAUAUGAUCAAAUCGCUCCGAACAACGUGAUUCGCAACGCCUGCUGGGUUUCUGGGGGGCGAGGGCGUGGUACAAAAAAUAUCCAUGCAAGGGAAAAUCGUAUGAAAGCAGUCGUGAGAAAAUCGUUUCUUGGCACCAGACCUCGUGUCUUCCCUUCCCCGGCUGUACGUUUUCCUGCGGAGACGACCGAAAACCGAAAUAAGGACUGGGCUUGCCCCACAGGCAGCCCAGUAAAUGCAGCUAUUGCCUACUCUGUACCGGGAAGCGACCUUAGCUUUCCUUAGGUUUGCAGCAAAACACUACUGUAUUCGAUAGCUUCGGCGGUUCUUGUUGGCUAGAUGCAACUACAUGUUUCAUAUUUCAAAUUCUGCAGAGGAAAAUUGAUUAAAAGAAAACGCGAACCACACAGUAUGUCUGAAAAGCGGCAUAAAAUCUAUAAAUUUGCGAAUUACCAAAAUAUAAUAGUGAGAAACAGUCCCGCCUUCGACUGCCAUGUUUUUGCUCUCUCUCAAAACCGAUCUUUGCGUUUGUGGUUUAUGACGUGAUGCGCAUGACGUGUACACAAAUCCGCUGGCAAGAGCCCUGAUGAUCACUUUGCAAGUUGUGAGAACAUCGUUUGGAUUUCAUUUAGGAGAAUGUGUCAACUUCCCCAGUAAUUUCACAAAUUUGACUUUUUUUUACGCCACACUUCUCUAUUUAAACACUCUGUUAGUGUGCCAUUCGACACAUUGAAAAGUCUAAGAGCUAAUCAUUGGUUUAUCUCUAAUUUUUAGAUCAGAAAAUCCAUGGACUGGACCUGCUAGCGUCAAAGAUGCCUGGAAAGAGAUUUCUGAUGUGUUUAACGAGAACAAAGCUGCCUCAACGCACACACCAUUCUCGGUAACAUUUAUUGUACUAAUCUCCAUACAUUUCCUUGGAAAAAAAGUUGGAGAAUUUGACAUUUAAGAUCAAAAAUUUCCCUUUUGAUUAUCAUUUUAUCGAUUCUUAUGACCUUUUUAAUUCAUGUACUAUGAAAUACCUGAGAGAUAAACUGUAUUCUCCGUUUUCCUUUUCUUAGAUUUUGCUGCCUGGCAGUCAAAGCCUCUUGUUUGGUCCUACCAAGAUCACGCAAUACAAGUUCGCCUCAGUGAAGGUAUGGUCGUUUGUCACGCAGUUCACGAGUAUCGUAAAGAGCAAUAACAAAAUAAGGCUAACACAUUGUCCAUUUUUUGCAAAAGUAAAGCGUUCUAACCUAUUGUAUUUCUCAUACGGAAUUUGCAGUCUCUCAAAAAAAAAACAUGUAGCAAUAUUUCUGAAUAGCACCGUUAAUGUUUUCAGUCAGGUCUUAAGUCCCAAACCUUCUCGUAGCCUCUUUUCGCGGGACUCUAUUCUCUCGAUUUUUUGACAAUCGCGAAAAUCGGGCGAAAUACUGACGAAGGGUGUGUUUGCAUGAAGGUGGGGGACGGGUAAGUGAGGUAAUGCGCUUAAGUUGGGUACGCGUCUGUCCAUAUAGUCUCUCAUAUGGUCACCCCACCUAUCAUGUAAACGUGAUUAAAUUACAAUAAGAGAUUAAACGCACAGGUGGGCUACCCCACCUAAGCGGGUUAUUUCACCGACCUGGAUCCUCCACUUCCAUGUGACCAGGCCCUUAAUUACGACCAUCUUAGCCUGUUCACAGACCUUCUAUUUUAUCCUCAAAGUCCGUCGAGAGCGCAUGAUAAAAAAUAAACCGCGGGGGAUUUAUUGACCGCCAGCGCAAAGGGCUAGGGGUUCCCUCGCUGUCGCGCACGCCGAUGUUUCCCAAAAGCACGAAAAGAAAAAUAAAACAACGUCUGUGUACAGGCUACAACCAUCCUCGCAUUUGAAUUAACACCCAUUUUUGUUUCAUCAGGUGUGUGAAAAUAGAGCAAUCAGUGCCAAUCAGUCCGCGAACGUGAAAAGUAACACCACCGUUAAAGAAAACAACACAACUCUGUGUCACAACAAGUGUCACGCAGAUGAAGGCACUUGGAUGAACCUGGAACUCAAUCAGACUAGGUACGUUUGACACACAAUCAUGCAAAAAACCCAAGAUUAUUUUGACGUAGGAAGUUUGAGACCUUGUACGAUAACCUAUGCCGUUCUUAAUUUCCCCCAUACUUGCUUUUCAUUGAGCUGCCUGUAGCCAAAUUAAAAAAAGUCUCGUCUAUGUCGAAAAACAAGCGGGCACGGAUCUACCAGAAGGCUUUGCGUGUUCUAUCCCCCCCUGCAAUGUGGUCGACUUCUGCAGGGAGAGGUCCCUCCUUUUUGACCAUGAAUUUUUCAUUCAUUGAAAGCGGAAACAUGCGUUUAAGAAAACGUUUGUUUUUGGUCGUCCUUUGUAAAGCGUUAGAUCUUUUUUAAAAGACUUCACUGAUUUUCGAGAGCGUUUUUUGAAAACCUCAGGUUUCUAUUGUCCUCCAGGGCCCGGUUGCAUAAAACCUGCACUUAAGUGCUCACUUAAGAGCGGAUGUCAGUAAAUAUCGACCACAGGUCUACAAAAGUGAAAAAUCGAAAAUUCUCAAAAAAAUUCGCAAAGUAGCACUAGGUAAGCUAUUAACAUAAAUAUAGUUUUUACUUCGAUCCGAUAAUUAUUUUCCACGUACGGGGGGGUUAUUGGUUUCGCGGCUCUCGGAGCGGGUUUUCCAGGCCCGAGACCAUGUGUCACAAAAAAAUCGUUUUAAAAUUCAAAUCCAUUGUAAUGCGGACAACAAAUAACUUAUUCAGAAGAGUACAUAAUUGCACACAUUUUAAGUGGUGAUUUACUCAGUUUGAAAGAAAAUGUAAUAUUUUGGAGAUUUUUCAUUAUUUUCAAUAUUUUGAACGUUUUCGUUCAAUGAAAAAAUGGCAAAUUUCAAAGCCCCAAAUCGUCGACUGGUACCUCGAUUUCAGUAACGAGUCUUAUACCAAGUUAAAGAGCGUUAUCUCUUCUUUCAAAAUCUGUUUUCAAAACUGCGGGCAACUGAAAAGAAAAUUUUUGAGGCCAAAAAAUACAAGUAGUACUUUUCUGAAAUUUGAGCUUUCCAGACUCCCCUGAGACUCGGCGGGCCGAUGCUAAAAACUCGGAAAAAUACAAUAAGAAAUCAGUUUGAGAAACAGUGGUUUCAAGUUAUCAGCUUUCAGAAACCAAGACGUGUUUAUACAGCGAUCUGAUAUAAAUUAAUGCUGUUUGCUAUCAAGAAAGGCAGAUUUAAGCUGUCAACUCCUGCCAAGUGCACCAGUCACGUGAAGUUGUCAAAGGGAGGGCAAAGCACUAAUAUUAAAAAGUCUUAAAAUUCAAAACGUUUUGCGUCCAUGAAAGCAGAUUUUAGCGUACAAAACAAUGUUGUGAAUGUCUGUUGUUCGUACCUUAGCAUGGUGUUUCCAUAUAUUGGAAAGGUCAAGUAUCCACACACUCACAGGAGAACAUACCAAACAACAACGUUUUAAAUCCAAGCGCCGAAAGAUCGUAAACGGCAGAGAUUGCGUUACAUUUCACAGAACGACCGCUUACCACUGUUGUCACUCCUUUUUUCGCUGGAAGCUACGAGGAGUUUUCAUUCCGUCAUGAGUGAUUCUUGAUCAGCGCUUCCUUGAAAGUACGACCCCGGACAGAUGAUAACUGAGGACGCCUGUUGUUCAGUUUCAGGAUUUAGCAGGUGCGUAGUCAGGAUUUUUCCGGAGGUACACCCAACUUUUUCUACAUCGUCUCCCCCCCCUCCCCCCACCCCAAAUCUCAACAUUUUUUAAGGUGCCUAUAUUAAAGGUGGGGUUAACGGUUGUAAGUAAAAGCAUUUUUGCUGUUUAUGAAAUGACACAACCUCUAAAAUUCUUUAAUUCUGUCGGCUUGUUAUGUUCAUUGACGUCAACCGUUUAUCAUUAAUUCAGCUAUUAAAAAUCAAGCUUGUAGUACCUCCGACUUUAGUUUACAAAUGACCCUUUACCCUUUUUUGUCACAUUAUUUUUGACGGACGAAAGCACCACACAUUGACGUAAUUGUGCCCUACUUCGUCUACUCCGAAGACAGGUCGUGGAGAAAACAACGCGUUCACGCUUUACAUCAUCAAGCUUGCUAUAUAAAUAAAGCAUCCAAGGUUCGGUUCUCCAAUUAAUGUCCUCGCUUCUCUGGAAACUGAUUUUUUUUAGUUAUGUUUAUUUCAUCCUAUUUUUUCUCCUCAACGUUUUCGGGUACACACGUGCGAACCGUGCAUACAAGUAGCUACGCCCCUGUUUAGUCUCCUUAACCCUGAGCGUUCCUCUCUUCCGGUUUUCGAAGGAGUUCAGGAUGUGGUCUACCCAGUAUUUCACGUCUCUAUUAAAUGACAGGCAGCACUUCUUGUUGCGUUAUCAGACAGCACUUAGACUCUUAGCCUUUCAUUUAAUUUUGAUCAAAUUUUUAUCUUUUAGUUACUCAGUAUACGUUCGAUCCUGUCCUUGUAAACUUAUACUUUUAUACUUCAAGGGAGCUUAAUACCUAUAUUAAUUUUUUCUUCGUUUAGUGUUGUCCAACAGACCCAGUUUUUUGGCAUUUUUUUAAAAAAGCAAGAAAAAGAAACGACAAGGUUUAUUUUUUUGGACUUAAAUUAAUUCUUUUAAUCUAAGAAAUGAGCAUUAUAACAGCAUUUCCAGGCAUAAAACGUUCGGUGGUGUAUCCUUUUUGCUUUUUACCCUUUUUGGGCCUUUUUUUAUGAAAUUGACCAUCACAUUUUCCGCAAUAUUGAGUUUGUGUCGAUUUGGUGACCAUGUCUUGUUGUUUUCAGGCUCCACGGCAGUGAUGCUGGUGUUUCAGGCCUCCUGUUCUCAGAUUUCUUAUGAUUUUUUUUUCACCCCACCGACCGACCCACCCAAAGCCAGGAAACCUAUUCAACGCUAAACGAACGAAAAGGGGAUGACCUAAGCCUUACGGUUUCUUUUUGGGCUUCCCCACCACAUUGCUUCUGUAUAUUUCUGUAUACUUGUCUUUUGCUUUGUUUUGUUCUUUUUUGUCGGUAAAAUAAACUGAAACUGUACAAAGACGCUCAAUAUUCCCUUUGGAGGCUCUCGAACGCGCAUAAAAAAAAAUGAAAAACGCGAUGAUUUAUUGACCGCAAGGGCAAUUGGGUGGGGUUAGGGCUCGUUACUGCGCUCCGGUUCACUCGUGCGCUAUCAAAUGGUCCCGAUAUACAAAAUGAAAAAUGACUGCGGACAGACUAUUCGCGUCUAGUCAUCAAGCAUCUUUUAAGAUGGGACUUAUCGCCUCUCCCUGUUCAUGGAGUUGAUUCAAGGUGUUGACGUCAAUUUCGUGAUGCCCUGCAUGUUGCCGCCACAUGUUUCAAAAGGGCCUUUCCACAGCUAUGGAGUCCGCCGUCACCUUGUCAACCGUGCGAGAAAUGAUGUACUUCACAAAAACAAAGAGAAGUUGUUUUCGAUUUUCCCCGCCCCCUACCCCCGAAACUCCCCGACAGGACCGCUUCAAAGUACUCCCCACCCCCGGGCCCAAAUGGCUGGACUUUUUCCUGUGGUUGCGCGGGGGAUAGUAACAGGUCUAACUAAUUGCACCGUGCAUCAAUGACAGUUUAGCUCAAUCAGAAGCCCCUUUUCCCUGGCUAGGUCAAGGUGUGUGCACCUCCUUUAAGCGGUUUUUUUUUUUCGGUUCUUACUGAAAUUUUUGAUCUUGAGGAAAUUUACAACGACAGGAGCAGGUUAUGGGCUUUUUUCUUACCCCUAAUCCUACAUCACGGGAAAUUGGGAAAUCCCUCAGGUUAGGCAAGAAUUCGAUAAUCCUUCCAUAAUCAUCCAUUUUUUCACCGCGUGAAUUGGGUACUUUUUAGCUUAUUUCGAGGAAAUACUUUUUGCUUCAAAUCCAGGGUGGGCUUUUAAACACAUUUUUUAAGCCAAACGGUUUUUGCGUGAAUCUGCUUACCCGAACUUUUCGUAUAAAAAACGACAAAUACCCGAAAAAAGCUCGUGUUGUUGUUGGUGGUGGCAUAUUUCCGAUAAAUUCAGUUCAAUGUCUCGUGAAGAAGAGUUCAGAUCCGUCGAAAUGCGAGCCCAAAAACAGGUGGUAAGCGGUCAAUCUGUGAAAAGUAACGCAAUCUCCGUCGUUUGAGAGCAGCCGAAGACGCUCUUGCCGAUGCUGUGCUUGAUGUUUUUUACUUCCAAUAUCUAGGAGACCCAUGCUAAGGUAUGAAACAUACACUCGUAGGCAUUGUUCUGUCCACUAAAGUCUAAUUCCUGGACGCAGAAACGUUGUGCUUUUUGAAGUUUAUUACUGUGCUUUGCCUUUUGACAACCUUACGUGACUCGUGCGUUUGGUAGCAGAAGAUGGCUAAACUCUGCUUUUCUUGUUGGAAAACGGCUUUAAAUUUUAUCAGAUCGCUCGAUAAACACGUGUUUGUUCUGAUAGCUGAUAACGUUAAACCACUGUUGCUCAAACUGAUUUCUUAUUGCAUUUUGCUGAGUUUUUAGCUUCGGUCCGCAGAGUCUGGAAAGCUCAAAUUUCAGAAAAGUACUGCUUCUGUUUUGGCCUCAAAAAUUUUCUUUUCAGUUGCCCGUAGUUUUGAAAACAGGUUUCGAAAGAAGAGAUAACGCUCUUUAACUUGGUAUAAGACUCGUUACUGAAAUCGAGGUACCAGUCGACGAUUUGAGGCUUUGAAAUUUGCCAUUUUUUCAUUGAACGAAAACGUUCAAAAUAUUGAAAAUAAUGAAAAAUCUCCAAAAUAUUACAUUUUCUUUCAAACUGAGUAAAUCACCACUUAAAAUGUGUGCAAUUAUGUACUCUUCUGAAUAAGUUAUUUGUUGUCCGCAUUACAAUGGAUUUGAAUUUUAAAACGAUUUUUUUGUGACACAUGGUCUCGGGCCUGGAAAACCCGCUCCGAGAGCCGCGAAACCAAUAACCCCCCUGUACGUGGAAAAUAAUUAUCGGAUCGAAGUAAAAAUUACAUUUAGGUUAAUAGCUUACCUAGUGCUACUUUGUGAAUUUUUUUGAGAAUUUUCGAUUUUUCACUUUUGUAGACCUCUGGUCGAUAUUUACUGACAUCCGCUCUUAAGUAGGUCACUUACGAAUCCGUUAUGGGUACACUUACGGGUGUUGCAUGGAACACACUUAGCACUCUCGUAAGUUUCUGUUUUACGUGGUAACUUACGGGCUCACUUAAGGGCACACGUAACUUUGUUAUAGUACUUUUAAUUAUUAAUUUGACUCACUCUACUUUUUUAAAUUAAGUUAACCAUCGGUGAGUGUAAAGAAAGUUAAAAGUCGUUUCGAACGCUUUUAAGCCUCUCAAAAAAUGAAAUCUGCAUGCAAACGUUAUUUUUCUUCAAUAUCUACUGGAAAUGAUAGUUCGUCUUCUUUUUUCACAAAAGUGUACAUCAGAGGUUAACAAAGCGCAUUAGAACGAAUUACGUGAAGAAAAAUACUUUUUUUACUUCUCAGUAAAAGAUCUCGUUAACUUUAGUAAAAACAGUAACGAUACGGGACCCACAUAGGUCCCGUAAAUUUACGUGCUAUUUUUCCCGUAAAAAAAGUUUUAUGCAACACCCGCAAUUUCUGUUGCAUAAACGACACUUAAGUGAACACUUACGAAAAUCGUAAGUGCAACCACUUAAGUGAAUUCCCUAAGUGGACCACUUAAGUGAUUUCAUGCAACUGACUUAAGUUACGAGUGCACGUACGUGUACCCGUAGUUGUUACGGACGUUUUAUGCAACCGGGCCCAGGUUUUCAUCUUAUUUUGAGAACUUAAGAUUCGAGGACGAGAACGAUUACCAGGACGAGGUUUGACGUAAGGUUUAUCGCGUACAUCAUGGUAAUCAGUUUUUUUCAUCUGAAAAAUUAGCAGUUUUUUUUUUUAUCGAAAGAGGUUAAGCCCUCUCACGAUCGCAAAAUGAUAAAACGUCUUAUGUUUUAUAAUCAAUUAUUUACGUCACCAUCACUAAAACCCGUAGUAGAAUGAAGACGGCUAUCACGUUUUCCCGCCAAAAUAACGCUGACUUAGCAUUGAGGAAAUCUCGUUCUCGUAGUCGUCCCCCUCUUAGAAUUUAAAGGUUUCAUUUUCAGUGUACAUAAAAUGAAGAAAAACACAUUUGGGGUGGACGUCCUAAUUUGCAAAAUUGUAAAAACCGUUGAAUGCAGAGGUCCACUCAACUCGUAAAUAAAACCGACUGGUUCUUUCUUGUCGGAUCUCUAAUGUAGAGAUGCUAGUGCUAGCGGUCACUUGAAGCUCGAAGUAAAACAAAGCUAAAAGGAAGGCUGGCAAUACGACAAAGGGCAAAUUUUAGGAGCCCUUAUAGUAUUCCCUAUCAGUGUAGCUCUGGCCCUGAGGAAGGCUAAUAUGGGCUUAGCCGAAAUAAUCAGCCCUUUGCCGUAUUGCAGUCUUUCAUUCAGUUUUGUUUUACAAAAUUGUAGCUUGCUGUUAACUGAAUCCACUUUCUUCAGAAACGAAUCUGUGCAGCAGCUUGAAGAGAUUGCAAAUUCACAAUGGAUAAAUGAAUGUACAAGGGAAUUUACUGUUGAGUUUACUGUUUAUACUCCGUUUUUACGAGCCAUCAGGUAAGCCAACACUGAAUAGGGUAGGAAAAAAGGCGGUGAGCAGUUGCGGCAGUUAACUCCAAAGGACAGAUUUCCAACAUUAAUGGCGUGUUUUGUCGUUAUGGCCUGUAGCUUGCCGUGACUCUAUAGCUGCCAGUAAAGGGUUAAUCAGUUCAAACUCCGAAGAAUGUUCCAAAUUUCAUUAGCAAACCUCAGUAGCAAAUAAGCCACCGUCGGAUUGUUCGAUUGGUUAUCGAAGAGAUUAAUACAGUGAAACCUGUAUUAAGCGGACACCCUCGGGGAAUGCUGUAGUGUCCGCUUAAUACAGGGUGUCCGCCUAAUACAGGUUUCGAUAGAUAACGUCAUAUGAGGUGUCAAAUGCCAUUCAAAUGAACAGUGGAAACGUUUAGAAUACUCCCAGAGACUAUGACGAUAUACGUUUGCAUUAAUUUCUUUAUUAAAGAGGACCAAUUGAUCAUAGUACCAUAAACAUAGAUUGCAACUCAAAUUUGAAGAACUCGGAUGAGUGAAACAAGCUCUAUAGAAACUAAUAGAAUACAAUAGUGUACUGUGAAACUAAUCAAAUAAGUUCGUCAAGUCACGUUUUCUGUUGUAAAAAUCGAGAAAUUUGUGGGUGGAAAUCUUUCGCAUUUCCGGUGUCUGGCAUGUUGGGUGGUGGAAUUUAAUUACAAGUGUCCGUUUAAUACAGGUUGGCAACAAUAGAAAUGACCAUUUCAGGUACUUUUUAGGUGUCCGCGUCCGCUUAAUAGAGGUGUCCGCUUAAUAAAGGUUUCAUUUAAAAUAAAUAAGGGAAAUAAAUUUGGGGACCUCGGCUACUGUCCGCUUAAUAGAGGGAGUCCGCUUAAUACAGGUUUCACUGUAUAAUAAUUGGUUGAUAGACUGACUGACCGACUGACAGACUGACUAAAAGACUAACUGACUGACUGUCUGGCUGGUUGACUGACUGAUUGACUGACUGACUGACUGGCUGACUGACCAACUGACUGACUGAUUAACAGACUUACUGACUGAUUGACUGACUGUUUGACUGGCCGACUUGACUGUCUGAUUGACUGACUGACUGACUGACUGACUGACUUACUGACUGACUGACUGACUGACUGACUAACCAACUAACUGACUGAAUGACUGACUGUUUGACUGGCUGCUGACUGACUGACUGACUGACUGACUGAUUGACUGACUGGCUGGCUGGCUGAAAUUCAACAGUUGUAAUGCUCCUGAGUGAGGCCAAGACGACCGAAAUGUUGAGCGUUUAAAGAGUUCUCAAUUGGAGUUGGAUUCUUUUAGGGUACAGUUAACGCUUUCAACAAUUGAUACGCCUUUUGUAGUAGCUAUUCACGGGAUCAACAACUCUUUUCACCCAUUUACGGCUGAGUGGUUUUCCAUACAAAUCCUUGUAAAUUUUAAAAUUUUCAAACUGUUGUAAAGUGUUUCCUUAAGCAUUACGGGGCUUAAAUUGUCUUUUGUUUAUAACGCAAUUUGAGCCCUGUAAUUCGUAAUCGAAAGAUUUAACGAUACUUUGAAAAUUUCAUAAUUUACAAGGAUUUGUACGGAAAACCACUCAACCGUGACUGGGCAGCAAGAGUUAUUUUCCCAGACAAAUCCUUCCAAUUUUCGACGACCGUUGCGAUCGCUACUUUAGAGAUAUACAGCUGAAAAUUUACAGGUUGUCAACAUUUUGUUUGCUUUUUCAGUUCCUGCAAAAAUUAUUUUUCCGAAAAGAAUUGUUUUCUCGUUUACUGAAAGUUGAUCACGUGACCAACUAUUGCAAAAGGCCUUUUGAUUGAUUGAUUGUUUGAUUGAGAUAUUAAUUUAUGAAGUAAGUGAUCCACCGAUGACUUGUUUCGCUGACUGUUUAUCUUUUACUUUUCCAUAGUGCUGCUACUCUCUCAGUUAAGGCGUCUAACGCCAAGAAACCAGGAUGCCAUUUGAAAUUGAACACCUUCCCAGCGUUUUUCAAGUCCCCUGAUUAUGGCUACUUUGUGAGGAUUUUAAAGGUCUGUGAACUAUUGUUUGCUUGGCACCUACGCCUACCCUAACCCUCGGUUAACACUGACUUCGUUCUUACUCAAAGGCAAAAUGUUGAGGUAGGGAAUGGGUUAGCUUGGAUCUGUGUUCUAGACCAGGAAACUGCCAACCUAUCCCUCCCCUAACCCAAAGGCAAAAUUUUGGGUUAGGGAAGGAGUAGCUUGGAUCAGUGUACUAGUCAAGGAAACUGCCCUCCUACCCCUUCCCUCAUCAAAAGUUAACACUAACUUCGUUCUUACUUAAAGGCAAAACGUUGGUUUUGGGAGGGGGUAGAUUGGAUCAGUGUACUAGACAAGAAAACUGCCUUACCAACCAGACACCAUCCUCGUCCCCAGGGCUUUACCCUUAGAAAAUUGGAUGGGCGGGAAGAGUCCUGGGUCGAGGUUGACCAGAAACCUUUGUCCUUUUGCGUUUAUGCUGAGUCCUUUACACAAAACAUCAACGACAUGAAAACAGUUAAACCUUUUAACAUUAAGAUCCAAAUUGAAAUUCUCACUUGUUGCCCAAAUCAAUUGCCCAAACAAGUAAUGGGGAGAAGUUGAUAAAACAUCAGGGAAAUUCAUCUUGUGCGAUCAUUUUUGUAAUGUCGGGAAUCGGUAACACCGACGAAAGAACUCAGAAUUGUUUGAAUUGAAACAGUUUAAUCUCGCUCGCUCGCUCACACCCUUAUCUUGGUUGCCUUUCGGGUUCCACGUAAAGACGUGCAUUCUUUCUAAACUACGUCAAAUGUCCGACUAUUCAAAUUUCAAAACUAAUCCUAGGUAAACCUGUCAACACCAGAAGGUAAUUAAGUCGCGACAGUAAUUCUCAUGACCACUCUGUUGCACAAAGUAUUGAAUAUUACAAGGAGAAAUAUGAUGCUUAACACUUAUAAGACUUGAAGGGUUUAAAGCUUGUUUAAUGGUAAAGGCUCUCCCGACUUAUAUAUUUGCUGUAUUUGUUUGUUUCAGUUGGUGUUUGUUCUUAUCCUCCUUUACCUUCUCCAACACGAGUUUUUUCUGGCCUUGAAAAUGUCCACAAAGUACUUCACUGACGUCUGGCGCUUAUUUCAGGUACCAGUUCAGUUCAGUUCAUUGUUUUACGCUAUUGGUAUUAUACCUUGUAUGGCUGAAGAUGAUGUUUGAAACAUCGAAACAUGUUCCACAAACUUAAAACUGUGGCUGUGUUUUGAAUAAUUUUGGCCAUAAUGAUAAAAAAAAAAUAAGAAAAUCUAAAUAUUGAAAAAGCUAAUGGCGAGGAAGCCCCGGCAACGGAAGCCACGGGGCUUAUAAGGAAUGGGCUCCCUCAGUUAAAUUAUUACAACAAAAUAUUAACAGAAUUAUACAUGCAAAAACAGGCAGGUACAAAAGUCGGACCGGAUCAACUCGGACCGCCAGUCCGGGUCGGAUCGACUCGGACCAACUCGGAUCGAAUAAAAAAAUAAAAAUAAAAUAAAAUUGGACUCGGAUCAACUCGGAGCAAUCAAAAAAAUUAAAUUAAAUCAGCAAAACUGAAAGUUUAACCCAUUUGGAGGGUAAAAAAAGGCCAGAUCAUCCUUUUUUUCUCCGUGGCUUUCAGGCGCCAUUUUGUUUUACUAGUGCCAGUCCCUCUCGGAUCAUGUUAUAAACUCGUGGUUGUGGUUGGACAGUAAAGAAAUGAUAGUUUCAGUCGCCUAGAAUGUAUAUAUUUUCUUAUUUAUUAGACUACUGAAUUAUUUAUGAGAAAAUCAUUUGUUUGUUCCUGUUUGGUUUUUUUUUUUUCUGCAGAACUUCUGAAACUUAAUUUUAAUGAUACACUAGUGAGCAGCACACAUACAUUUCCAGUGAACAAUUUCAACUUGGAAGGAGGAGAAACCAUGCUCGCCCAGGACAAAGGAAAUUUCCAUGCCCACGGCACGAAUCGAACUCGCGACCCUCCGGUUCAGUGGUUGGAACGUCCGAUUUUCAUGUAGUAUUCGGAGGGUCGUGAGUUCAAUGCUCGCCUUGGGUACGAAAAUUUUCUUUGUCCCGGGCGAGCAUGGUUUCUCCUCCUUCCAAGUUGAAAAUGUUCACUGGAAGUGUAUGUGUGCUGCUCACUAGUGUAUCAUUAAAAUUGACAAAACUAAAAAAAUUAAUUUACGCAACCACGAGUUCGUGAGAAAAAAAACAAAAUGGCGGGUGAAAGUUGAGAGAUACCGACUGAUUUUAUUUUUCUUUUUAUAAUCCGAGUUGUUGUUUUUUUAUGAUCCGAGUUGAUCCGAGUCCGGUUUUAUUUUAUUUUUAUUUUUUUAUUCGAUCCGAGUUGGUCCGAGUCGAUCCGAGUUGAUCCGACCCGGACUGGCGGUCCGAGUUGAUCCGGUCCGACUUUUGUACCUGCCUGUGCAAAAACCAAUGGCAGAGCUACAGUAAAUACUGAAAUAUAUUAGAUAAUCCUAGACUACGAGUAGUCCCCCAUUUGUCCUCAGGGAUAGUAGAGCGAGCGAAACGCGAGCGCGCGUGAAAAUCAUCCCACGCGAGAAAAGUCGCCUUUCUCGCUUGGGGCGAUUUUCACGCGCGCUCGUGUUUCGCUCGCUCUACUAUCACUGAGGAAAAAUGGGGGACUACUCGUAAUCUAAGAUAAUCCUAUUAAUCAUAUUUAGACUAAAAGAGGAAAAGGAGAAAACACUAAGGAAAAAUGAAAGUGAAAAGCAGAAACGUUCAGUUCACAGUGUCGCUAGAAACUGUUUUUCCUGCUUUAUGCACCUUUCAUCGGGUUUCCCCUAUUUUCCACUUUUUAUGGCGGACGUCGUUUUACCAGAUUGAACGGUUGUUCACUAAGUAUACGUGUCUCGCAAAACCUCGCGAGGAUCGGGACUCACCCAAGUCAAACCCUACCAGGCUAGGUUAGGAACUGGAUGGAACUGGGUGUCCACGGCCGCAAAUAUAUAUCCUGUCUUGUAGACUCCUUUUUCCUUCUCUUUUCUGUUAUUUUCCUCCUUUCCUUUUGUUAUUCUUUUUGUUUUCUUUCUUUUUUGGUUCAAAAGGUGAAUCACAAAAUACAACUCAGGGGAAACAGGGGCCUUUAUAAGAAAGGACAUCCACCUUACGUGAAGUUAACGAUUCGCGUGCUUUUUUAACCCUUUAAACCCUAACAUCAAAAUUCAAAUUCUCAUUUGUUAUCCCUGUACGUUUUCAAAAGAAGUAGUGGGGAGAAUUUGUUGAAGUAUCAAUUAGAUUCAUCUUGUGUGAUCAUGUCCUUAAUUCUCAUGACCACUCUGUUUUAUAAUGCAUUGAUAUUACAAGGAGAAAUUUGUCGCUCAUCACUCUUAGGGCUUAAAGGGUUAAGUAAGGUGAUGUAUGGUGGAGUCCGUGGAUGCAAACUCUUGUUAUUUUACUGGGGAGAACAUGGGAGCUUUACAUAAUCCCGUCCCGGCUUACCCUUGAUUCCCCCUACGGGAGGCAGAUAAUUGGAUGUUGGAGACCUCCCCGAUAGUAUCCGUGUUCCCGUGUAAGAAGCCCACCCGACCUAUCCAUAAUCAGAGUCAACACACUAGACGAGGUAGUGCACCGAUGGGUUCACCGUCUUUUUUACAUUCUCUCAUUUUCUCGCGCGCUGAUUAGUCGAGAGCUAUGGUUCCACUUGAGGUUUAAACAUUUUGAUGUCAUUUCUAUGGUCAUUAAGAGAAUACCGUGGGCCGUAGACAAUUGUUAUGUAUUUGUUAAAUGUCCUCUCCGAUUGCUCUCCAGCUUUUAACAGUUGUCCUGGGCAGUGUGUGCGUCGUAAUGUUUAUCCACUGGUCAGUGUGUUUGUAUGCACUGCUGAGAGAGGUUGAAACGACAAGUCAAACCAAAGUGUUUCACUAUGCUACGCUGGUGUUCUUCAGCCAGGUAAAUGCGACACUUCUAGGUUCACCAAUCAUCAUAGUAAUAGGCCAUUUCCGAGUUGUGCCAAGCCUCUGUUUGAAGGCGAGGCUAAGUGCAAAGCCAUUGAUAUGAAAACGAUUUUUUAUUCUCAUGCAGAUAAAACUCAUUUUCACCAGAAAAGUUUCGCACUAAGCCUCGUUUUGAAAGUGAGAGAAUUUGGAACUCGGAAAUAGCCUAAUAACAAGAUCAAGUUAAGGGGGCUGGCAGCGCUUUUUUGCUUUUCUUUUUUUUUGAUUUAUCAAUAUCACUACUCAUCUACAGUUGUCCGUAUAGCAAUAACAUGGAACAAAUGCCCAGUUAUUAAGAGCGGCUUUCCGUAAAUAUCGACCCACGGUCGGCACAAGUUCAAAAUUUGAUUUCGCUCAUAUUUGGCUCAUCGAUAACCCUUAAUGAGUAAUGAAACAUGCUGUAGUUAGUUUUCCCAAAUAACGUGUUCUUUUGUUAAAAUUCGAGAAAACUCAUUUUGCCCGUUCGGAGCUCAAAAUCCACUUCCGGUAAAACGAAAUUUUACACAAAUUCCAUUGACUCGUACGUCAAACCACAACGAUUUGGCAGCCUUUGAAAAACACGAAUAGUUUUUAUGACCCUUUCUUUCUUAUAAGUCGAUAAAUUUGUGAAAGCUGUAAUAAUUUUGUGGCCAAAAAGGUUUGUUAAAAAUCGGCCCUAUUGACCAUUUCUACCGUUCAAAAUUAUAGGGAUUAAAAAAUGCAAAUUUUUACAGUGCGCUAUAACUUAAAAUUCCGAAAAUUGACUUUCUAAUGCUUAACUAGGCCCCAAUCUAUUAGAAAAUCGAAACAAAUCUCUGGGCAAACGAUUUUAAGUGGCCCGCAAGACGUUGAGUUCAACCCUAAUUUUGCAAAAAAACGCGCGACAUUGCAGUGGUUAAAAAUAGCGUGACACGGCCCGUCACGCCAGUGUUGCCGAUAGAUAUGCUUUAAACAAUUUAGUUAAAGGCAGAUUGAAAGCCAAUUCGAAAUUAAAUCGUUCAGUAAACCUAUGAUUCUCAUUGAUUGCAGCAUUUUCUUCAGAUACAACAUAUAGGGUCCCUGGGAUAGCGUCACACACUUUCAUGUUCAGUUUCAGACUGGCGAUUUCCCUCAAAAAAUGGUAUAUAAACAGAACAAAACUGAUGAAUGAAUGAAUUUUUGCAUUGAGAGAUAUUUACGAAUUAAAUCAUCGCCAAUCAAUGCCAUUUGGUUUAUAAAAACUAAUUUCCGUGGAGCAAUUUUAAAGAAUAAAAAUAUUUUAGACUAAGUAUUGCUGCAAUAGUUCUUUUCGAAGUUUUUACCCUUGCGGGCUCUCAAAACUGAAAAAAAAGCUAGGUGGAUGCCAAAGAGGAGCCUAUAUACUUGUAUGACAACGUGUAUGAAUCAUGAAGCUACUGCAUGACUAUAUACAUGACCCAUUCAAACAAACUAAGAGGACACUUUAUGCUUUGCCAGGCUUACCAUUAACUCAGUUUCGGGUUGCUUUCGACGUUUCAGUGGAAAAUUCCUGAAACAAACGGAACGUCUGAAAAGGCAUUCGCCUAUUUUCCUGGUCUUCCUGGUUGGAAACUUUCAGGCGAAAGUUCGGAUUUCAUGUCUUCAAAGCUUUUUUGAAUAUCAGUUUCAGGCUUUCGGGGCCUUCAGUAAACGAAACUGACUUAGGCAAAUGGUAAACGCGAUUACCGAACGGAAUCAAAAUUAAUCAGUCCUGAAUUCUCCUCACCAUUUGCCCAAACAGUGGAGCGGCCGGUUUACCCAUGUAAAUAGUAGAUAAGCCUUGUGUCCAAAAGCCUGCGAUACAGCUUCCCCUCUUCGCUAUCUGCCGCUAGGAACAUUUCGUCAAAGAGCGGUGAGAGGCGAGUGUAUCCUAGAAUAUGCGUCAUAUAUCUUAAGUACCUUGAGGGGCCUUGUUAAGUGCAUAGUAGAUCGUAUACUUAUUAAGAGACACAGAAAACUCGCUAUUCCUCUACCCCAGAAAAAUGUUAAGAAAAAUAGUUUUUCUGGAGCAGUUCUUUGGAAUAGCCUUCCUAUAUAUUGACCAGCAGCAGGGGGCCGGCUGCAAACAAUUCUUCUGGAGAUCUACACGGUACUUACGUAAAGCAGACGAAGGCUUUCAGUCUUAUUCGGUUUGUGACAAAGACAAAGGUAAGGUUUUGGAGGCCCGCUUGGGCGUCUACGUUUCAUGGACUAAGGCUACGGAGGAUGAGGAAAGUUUCCUUUUUUUUUCGGAAAAAGGGGAGGCGGGGCAGAGUGAGUGAGACUGGGGAGAGGAUCGAAAAAUAAGUCUAAAAAAUACGGUAGAAACUGACAAAGAAAAAAUAUUAGAAAGAAAGAAAAAAAAUUCGCAGUCUAAAAGCAAUUGAAAAGUUAGUACUACCAAAUCCGUUCCUGCUGAUCAAUAACAAAGCGCCAAAAGUGCUCGGCGCUCAAGUUGAAUACCGUAUUUAUUCGAAUAAGCGCCCAACCUCAAAUUAGCGCUCACCUCGAAUAAGCGCCCCUCCUAAAGGCAGAACAGUUAAUAAGCGCCCAGCCUCGAAUAAGCGCCCACCACCACCCCACUCCCUCCUUCACAGACUUAAAUAAGAGAUAAUAAUACACCCUCCCGAGGACGGAGUUUUCUUCAGAGCAUUUUACAGAAACCUUGCUUUGUUACAUGUCCGCUUUUUGCAAUUACCAUUUAUUGUUUUGUUGCAAAAUAAACAUAAUACACUUGCUGAGAAUGGCGAAAUUUAAUAAGCGCCCAGCCUCGAAUAAGCGCCCACUCUCAAGGUCCAAAAAUUUAAUAAGCGCCCAGGGCGGUUAAUCGAAUAAAUACGUUAUAUACCGUAAAAAUUUGUAAAUGAAGGACGUAGGUAACCUGUAACAGGCCUUCAGAUAGUUGGGAAAACGCAAAGAAAAGUGGGCUAGUAAAAAUGGCGAAGGGGCGGGGUUAGGGAUUGAGGGCGAAAGGUCCUCCUAGUCUCUCCCUCUUACUCUUUUCCACGUUUGUUUUCCUCCAUUCCCCAUUUCGCGCCACUGUCCUCUAUCCACUAUCCACUGUCCACUACGCCUGGAAUAGGCUAGUUCAUAGUGGGCCAGAGAGUUUUUUUCCAAUGGCGAUGCAAGGGAAGAUGUCCAUUUAGGCGCAUUUGCCAUUUUUAAACGCUCAUGAUCACGCUGCAACUAUUCCUGCUUUAGCAUUAGUAAAACGCCACUUUUUUCUCUAUUUUCCGUUUUGCUGUAGAGGAAAGUUUUUGGUGAUUUGUUUUUGAUGAUGGCGUUUCAUCUUCGAUCGAAACGAGUUAAAACGUUUUCUGAAACGUUCGUUACAAUGUAUCUUUAUAAGCGUGAUAGUAAUACAUCCAAACGUACAUUUAUACUUAUACAUAAUUACUUGAAAGAGAAAACUCGCAAGAAAAAAACAUUGUUCGAAUUAGUUAAUAUUGGUUAUCCCUGUCUUAAAUUUAACGUAUUUAUGCCUUUUGACGGAUGCUUAAAUUAAUGAAACACACCACUGUACUUGUUCAAAGUUUGUUUUCGUUGGGCUCGGUCGUCGACGUCUUGCCGACGUCGCUGAAAAAAGCCGACUUUUGGGCAAUUCUACACUAUAUAUUGUAUCCAAACAAAAUGACUCUUCUAAAUAAGAUAAGGUUAUUGAAAGAUGUAAUAUAGAUUUUAUGCUGGAAUUCGGCAUGUGAUCAGUGUUGAAUAGAAUGUUGAAAGUGAAUCUGUCGUUAACACCGCUGGCGUGACGGGCCGUGUCACGCUAUUUUUAACGACUGGAAUGUCGCGAUUUUUCGCAAAAUUAGGGUUGAACUGGGCGUCUUGCGGGCUACUUAAAAUCGUUUGCCCAGAGAUUUGUUUCGAUUUUCUGAUAUAUUGGGGCCUAGUUAAACCGCAGAAAGUCAAUUUGCGAAAUUCUAAGUUAUAGCGCAUUGUAAAAAUUCACAUUAUUUUAACCCUAUAAUUUUGAACCGGUGAAAUUGUCAAUAGGGCCUAUUUUUAACAAUACCUUUUUGGCCACAAACUUAUUACAGCUUUCACAAAUUUGUCGUCUUAUGAGAAAGAAAGGGUCAUAAAAACUAUUCGUUUUCUUCAAAGGCUGCCAAAUCCUUGUAGUUUGACAUACGAGUCAAUGAAAUUUGUGUAAAAUUUCGUUUUACCGGAAGUGGAUUUUGAGCUCCGAACGGGCAAAAUGAGUUUUCUCGAAUUUUAGCAAAAGAAUACGUUAUUUGGGAAAACUAACUACAGCAUGUUUCAUUACUCAUUAAGGGUUAUCGAUGAGCCAAAAAUGAGCGAAAUUCGAAUUUUGAACUUGUGCCACAAAUAGACGAUUUUGGUCGAUAUUUACAGACAGUCGCUCUUAAUGAAAAGUCAUUAUGGUAAUUUUCGACAUUACAAGUUACCUUGACCACGAAAUAAGCACCCUUAAUUUUAGUCCAGUGAAUCCAAUUGCAAUCAAGUCAAGAUUCAACUUUUCAUCACCUAUAUUUUCCACGUGAAUAAUUCAUGAAUUGUGUAGUUCCAGAAAAUAGCCAUACCCUCCCCACGGAGGGCAACGAAAAUUCUGAGGGGAGGGGGGGUCCAAAAGGUGGCAAUUUCCGAUGUGGUGGGAUGGAUUUUGCGAGGUCUUUUUCCGGCGGCUCCGAGUAAGGUUGGUUGUUGUUGUUGUUUUUGUUUUUUCAACUAACAGCUGUCCUCUUAGCCAAAAUAUCAGAUAUUUUACUGUUAACUGGUGUUUCAAAACAAGAAUUCUUGUUUUCAUUGUUGAUCCGUUAAUUACGGUUGGCUGAAUGCUUUUUAACGGCUUCCGGGAUUGUUUUUUUUUUUUUAAUACAUUUGCCUUCGGCUUGUGAAGGAACUUCCGGAUAUCUAGCGAUUGUUUUAUUUCACUAUUGUGGUAUUCACCGUCAGUAGUAUGGUCGUGAUGUAAGCCUUCUUCUAAAACACGUUUUAACUGACAGGAAUUCACUCUGUUUUUAGUUUGAAUGUAACUGGUUCUUUUAAGAUUGCAUCAUCCGUGCUAAUGUAAGGUAUUCCCUCCGUGGUUCUCCGGCAAUGUUUUACCGUUAAUCAUUAGCUACGAAAGACCUCUUCAAGGCAAAAUGGAGUUUUUUUCUCACAUUAUCGCAAAAACCAUGACAUUUCUACAUUUAUAAUAGUAUAAAGCAACAGCAUUUCUGACCGAAAUGUUCUUUCCAGGGAGUACCCAACUAAGGUGGAAAGAUCACGGAAUUUCCGAGGGGUAGGGGGGUGGGGGGUCUAAAGAAAAAGUGCUUUCCGUCGUGGGUAUGGAUAUUUUCUGGAAAAACGUAACUUUUCCUGUACAGUUAGUUUAAUGAUUAUUUAUUGUUCUUUGUUACAGGCUGCUCUCCAAACUUUGUAUUCCCUUAUCCUAUUCUUUCUCGUUGUUCGUGGUGUGUAUAUGUUGAGGCCGUACCGAUUCUUCUGGCGGGUGGGCAGAAUUAUGUCCUCUGCUUCUUGUUCUUUGCUGGCUUGUAUGGUGAGUCCCCACACAAAAUAACACAUUUAUCACCGUAAACAUCACCCUGCCAGCGGACUCUUUCUUUUGCUUGCUCGAUCUUGACGUGCUCGAGAAAGACGCUGCUUGAAUCGAGUAAAACCUUUGUUGAGCAUGCGCUGCAUGUUGCUGGGAUACACUUUCGAACCCAGGCCUAAUGGCCCUGUGCUUAGUAUAUACAGCAGGUUCAGUUGUAACCAUCGGUUUAUCAAGAAGUAGAUGAGAUGCUCGCACUCGAAAAACCAGUUUGACAAGAGAAAACAGGAUUGACUAGUCCAGAAGUUCGGACGGCGUUGAUUUCAAGGCUCUUCUCGCAGGGUGCAUGAACAGCAUCACAAUAGACCGUGUUGACGUUGCCCGCCAUCUUUGCACGCGCUUAAGGACUGAUGGGAUAAAAGCGAUGUCACGUGGUUUCUCAGGGGGCAAACAAUUGAUAAAUUCUUCCAAUACAAGAAAUUGCAGUCGAGUUUGUUUAUUCUUGACAACAGAAAAUGAACAAGUUUCUAUAUUAAAGACGAUAAUGGCAAAUUAUGGGUGAAAGUGAUCGUUGUUACUUUUUUUUAAUGCAGAAGCGACCGUAGAUGUCCUCACAGCUAGCAAUAAUGACGUAAAUUUUGCCGAAACGCAAACCGUACAUUUUGCGUGACCAUUAAAUCGUUGUUUCGUCUUCAGAGAAUAAACAAAGUCGACCGCGAUUUCUCGUAUUGGCAAAUUUUAUCUUUUGUUUGCCCCCUGAAAUACCAGGGGACAUUGCUUUUAUCCCAUCAGUCAUAAAGCGCGUGCGAAGAUUGCGGGUAUCGUGAAUAAGGUCUAUUAAGUACUGCUCCCCAGCAUACAGAGGAAAGGUCACACCUUAGAAUUUCUGCUCCACAAACUAAAACGAAUUUUACCACCCUGUAAAGCAUAAUAAACAGUACCACAUGUAAGUACUGCUCAGAAGCUUUCAUUUGAAUAGUCACGCACCACAGGAAAGUACUUCUAGUUUAAGUUGUGUUUUAGUUGUUGUUGUUUUAGCUCUUGCUUCAGACCUUUCAUUCACUUCUUUUGAUUUUAAACGGAUGUGAACCAAAUCGCUUUUUCCUAUUUUGCUAAUUUUUGCAAAUUGCCAAAUUUGUGCAAAGGGCUAGAAAAACAGUUUUCUGUGAAUGUCUUUUUAGGUUCUGAUUCUCAUUUUCGUAAUGGCGUUUAGUCAUCUGGGACAUUUGUUAUUUGGCCCCGUGCACUCCGCCUUCAAGUCGUUUGGAGAGACGUUCUUACUGGUCAGCAAUUUCUUCAGGAUGAAUGGCGUGUCUCGAUACCAGGACCCCGCGCUUGAGGGCGAUUCCGUUUUGAUGUUGUUCUACUUUGCCUUGUUCCUGGUUGGAUUCUGUGUUGUUAUGAGAGGAACGGUAGGUUAAGUAUAGAAGAUAAGUGCUUCCUUACUGAUUUAAAAAUUUAUUUUAUUAUACUACUACAUGAGAAAUUUCUGCAAUUUGAUUGGCUUAGAGUAGUGGUAUUUCAGCUUAAUUUGAAAUAACUACAUAUGAAAAUUACAAACCUUUUGUGGGUAGUAGUAUAAACAAAUAAUGGCAUGAUUUGUAUGUGACAUUUGGCAUGAAUACCACUCGUGAUAUUUCAAAAUUGUCUCAAAAUUUUACUCGCCUAACGGCUCGUGAAAUUACGUAUAACGAUUUCGAAAUAUCACUCGUGGUAUUUAUGCCAAAUAUCUCUACUUAUACUACUACAUGAGAAAUUUCUGCAAUUUGAUUGGCUUAGAGCAGUGGUAUUUCAGCUUAAUUUGAAAUACCUACAUGCGAAAAUUACAAACCUUUUGUGGGUUGUAGUAUAAACAAAUAAUAGCAUGAUUUGUACGUGAUAUUUGGCAAAAAUACCACUAGUGAUAUUUCAAAAUUCUCUCAAAUUUCACGCACCUAACGGCUCGUGAAAUUGCGUAUAGCAAUUUUGAAAUAUCACUGGUGGUAUUUAUGCCAAAUAUCACCACAAAUCAUGCUAUUAUCGUCUAUUACCUAUACAAAUGAUGCUAUUACCUAUACUAAUUGCAAUUUUAGUGAGGGACACUGUCCCCAGGGGUUUCAAUAAAAAUUGAAGUAGCCAGCAGAUUUGAAUAGAGCCUACAUUGACUGGGGGCAUGCUCCCUCGCAAAAUUUUAAAAUUGCAAAGCCCUAAUAAGCGAUUUCCAGCGUUUAGGGAACUAAACUGAGAAUAAAAGAGCGAGUAUUCCAUUUAGCAAGAUUUGGGUUUUAGUCAAAUUUUGAUUUAUUAGCCACACAAUAAACUCCUGCAAGCAAUGAGCAAAUGAUAAUUAUACUAAGUUACAUUAUAUUUUUGUACAUGACAUUAUUCAAAGUAGUUGCUUCUUCUUCGGAGGAAAAAGUACCCGACUUCUCUGAGCAAUGUAGCCGACGCAUUUCGUUGGUCGUCGGUGCUUAUUGAAACCCUUGGCCGACACUAAUCUUUAGACAUUCUCGUUUGAUGUCAAGUUUAUCCCCCACUGAGUCCUCGUUCAUAGGAAGAAAACCUGCAUUAUACGUUUCUAUUUUUUUUAUUAACUUCGCCAAACAAGUUAAGUGACACCACAAAAAAAAGUGUACAUAUAUUCACAGGAGUUCAGUACAGGCGGGGACACCGCCACAGCGAGUGCCAAUUACUGCGGGCCCAAGACACAGAUCGCUAAAAAAUGUAAAAACUCGAUACUAUCUAAAGACAACAGGUGUUGUUCCGUCCUAAAUUAUGGGCAGCGUUACAGGUCAAGCAUAUAGAUUUGAAAGAGCGAGGGUCAUCAGGGAUGUAGGAUGCGACAAGAGCUUGUUUGUAUCAGGUAUAGCGCAAACAUAGCCUAAGAGUCACGGUUACAGCCAACGGUUAACGUCAGAUUCGAAAAGAAUUUCUCAAUGAGCAGAUAAAAGCGUAAUAUAUGGUUAAAACUGGCGUGAAACUACUGUUUAUGUUUAAGUAUUUCCAGAAGCAUAUAUGCUUCCGGUACUUGACAGGUAAAGGGAAAACCUCUUUACUUAUUAUUUAACGAAAGGCCUAGUUGUAGUAUGUUUUUUCGUAGGAACUGGGCUGUUACAGAUUUAUAAUUUCUUCACAGAUCCUAUUUUUGUUGCGAAAGAUAUAAUUUGGAAUAUUUCCUCUUAGCUUUGUUUUGUCGUUAUUUUUAUUUAUGUUACAGACGGCUGCCGUUUUUGUAAGUGGAUUGCCACACCUCAAAAAGCGAAGAAAGAAUCUCUUAUCCGAUGUUUUGGAGGACUUCAUUCGAACGAAGUAUGUACACUGCAUUUUGCCUUAAAAAAUGGUCAACGUUUCGCCACGCCACCACUGGUUUCCUUCACUUCUGAGAAACGAGCGCGGAAAUUCCAUGCUGAUGACGUGUCACUACCCAGAUCUGGGUAGUGCUUCUGAUUGGUCGUGCUGCGUGGAAAAUUUGCUUCAACCAAUCAAAAGCACGACCAGAUCUGGUUAGUCACUUGUCAUAAGUAGGGAAUUUCUGCUCUUUUUUCUCAGACGAUUUUUACCACAGGGCGGCCAAAUGCCCCUUAAAGAGAUUAUUGCGCUUAAUAUUAGCUUACUAGUAAUUGCCGAAGGUUACGGAGUGCCGCUGACAACAAUAGAAUGUAAAAACGCCUUACUCCAAGGCUGUGCUUACUGCUCUGCAUAAGUUUCACGUGAUAGAUGGCCAAAACACGCGUGAUCAGAUUGCGUUCAGUACAUUCCAUUCAUUCACCAAACGAAGCCGGCUGCAUAUGUCCCGUGCAUGCGUAAUAGCAACCUGUAUAUUAGGAUUUCAGGCUUCUUUUGUCGCCCGCAAUAAUCCCUGAGUUUUCCGAGUACUGAUGAACAAUGAAACUAAAUGGUUGGAGCUGGCUGCUCACGAGGUCAGUCGCAAGAAUAACAUCCGUAGUCCAGUUUCCUUACCUUAGGUCGAAGCUAACCUUGUAUAAAUGAGUCUUCAGUACUUCUAUUCAGCGGCAGCGACGAAUUCGAGACUGGACUGUCGUAAUAUGAACUUCAAAUGUUCGCUUCUAAUGACCACAUCCUGGUGAAUUUCGCUGUUUAACGGUAUGAAUGAAUCCAAUGCCUUGUGGCUGCAACUGUGAUAGUAAUUUGUCAUUCCUGGAAUAAACCUCCAACAGGUUCAAGUGGCUGGAGGACAGUAUCCGCCAAAAAGUAAGGCGAGAUUCCACUGCAGAUGACCACAGUAACGAUGAUGGCAGUGAUGAAGAUGAUGAUGAAUUCGAACUAGAAGGACUUGAGGAGGACUCCGCUACGUUCCCUACGGUAAUUUAUGAUUUUAAAAAAACGUAAAUUAUUUUUUCUAACUUUUCUAGAUAAACUGUGAAAAGUUUGAAUCCAGGAGUUAUUUCAUAAGUAGGUUGAGCAUGAUCGUCCGGGUGGACGUAGUCCUGAGUAGGACUGUUGUUGACAGUGACUGACGCUUCGAUGACCUCUGCGGUAGUCAGUUGAUGGUAUUGAACUCUGGUUAUUGAACUGAUUGGUCAAUUAAGUCGCGAUGUUGUUGGUCGUCUGUCAGUUAAGCCGUAAUGGUAUUGGCUAUGAAGACUCGUAAUGUCAUUGGUGCGUUUCGAUCCGUCUAUUGUCACAGAUAAACAGUCGUGUAUUCUUAGUCAAAUUGUCGAUUGUCCAGUCAUUCUCAGUCACCCGGACGAUCAUGCUCAACCUACUUAUUAUCUAGAUCAGUAGAUAAUGUGUUUCGCGUUUCUUAAUUGGUUUUCGUGGAACUUGAAAUCUAGCCUACAUAACAGGUGCUAGCAAAUAAUAAGCGUAAGAAAGAACCGGGUUGCCAGGGAGACACGCGAGGGAAGAUGGAAUAGGCCCUCUGGAGAACUUGAUCACGUGCUUGGAUACUACUUAGCAGCAGUUCGCUGGAUGGCAGGCCAUCCCAGUGUUCAUUUCGACCACAAAGCUUUGAGUGCGAUCGAGCGACGUAUUCCUAGUUUAAUUAUUCUGUUGAAAAUAAACCGAAAUGAAAGGAGGACUACAAGACUUUUGGGGUAUGGUAAUGUAUGACAAUGAGUUUCAAACAAAGGAAAAUAAAACUUAAACCAAGGAUAAAAUUGACCCACAAAACACAUACUAUUCCAAAAGUAGGUUGAGUUUGAUCGUCCAGGUGAACGUAGUCCUGAAUAGGACUGUUGUUGUUGACAGUUACUGACGUUUCGACAAUCUGUGCGGUAUAGUCAUAUUCAGAGUCAAAGUGACUUCUAUCACGUCAGUUGAUGGUAUUAUCCUCUGGUUAUUGGUCUGAUUGGUCAAUUACGUCGCGAUGUUAUUGGUCGUCUGUCAGUUAAGCCGUACAUACUAUUGUUCUGCGAGGACGGAAAAUGGGGCGUAUGUCGGCCAAAACUGAAAGCCUCAUCAAAGCACUUCACCCUAUCAGGGUUUGAAAGGGCUUAGGGGAUUUAAAUGCUCCGUGUCCUUUUAAAGAGUUCUUGUUUUGUUCCUUCUAGGAGCAUGUCUUGGACGUGGUUGACGAUCAAAUCCAUGAGAUGAUAGAGCGCGUGGAAGGUUUGUUUGGUUCAGACCUGUUCAUGGAUUGCUAUACGGAAUGUGAUGACGACGAUGAUGAUGAUGACGUGGAGUACCUGUACCAAGCAGAUCACUCUUCCUUGUUCUGUGGCAGUGGAUACGAAAGCGACCACAGUGCUAUGUCAGCGGCUAAGUGGCAGUUGUCUAGUUCUAGCUCUCAUGAUGUUUCCGAUGAGGUCAGCAGAUCAGAGCAGCAAAAUCGUUCAAGGUCUGUCAGGUAUCCCUUUAGAGGGGCUGAGAUGUAUGGGUUCUCGAGUAAUCCUUAUCUGUUAGGUGUUAAUCGUGGCGAAAGAAGUAAUCUCGGGUUUUCAAGCUUGAGUCUUGAUACUUUCGAACAAAGCGACGAUUACUGGGAUUUGAGGCAUCCUGAACAACAAUUUUCUUAUGAUCAAACAAAUAUAUUGCGUGAUAUAGCCCUCCGUGACAGUGACUCGCGUGACGGUGUCUUACGUGAUUAUAACUCGUGUGGUGAUGAGUUGUUGGAACGAAAGACCAGCUUGUACAGCACAGCCUCUUCUAGCUCCGGUUGCGUGGAGGACCUGCGGAGAGAGAUGCCCAUCAAGCCCAAGUCCAUGUAUAGCCUGAGGCACGGGCCUUCGCUGAAGGGCUCUGAGGCAUUUCCCAGCGUCUCUGAGUUAGUUGCUCGACCCAACACUUCCGUGGAAGGAGAAAGAACACGGUCAGCGACAAACAGCUCGUCCGGCCAAGAGCCCGGUAAGAGGGCCAGACGUACGCAUCACCGCAAAGGGUUCUUUCGCAGCUCUGCAGUGCACCCGUCCCAAGAGGGCGCAUCAAUUGGCCACAGUCCUCCUAUGUCACAACGUGCUGCUCAUCGAGUGAACGUAAGUGACUCGGGUGCGCAGGCAGCCUGGGGCCCAGCCCCGUCAGUCUCGAGCCCAGCCCGUGAAGGUCCAGAACAACCGGUAAAGGGACUAUUAGGUGAUAUUAGUAUGAAUAGGAGGCUUGGUACCGAAAUCAAAAACGACGAUGAGCGCAGUCUGGAAGUUUAA